AAAAAAGUUUGGUGGAGAGGAGAGAGAAGGGUUUGCUUAGUGUGACUUGUGGUUUGUACGCUUGGGAAGUUCUAACAUUUUCUUAACUCGGGGUAGUUCUAAUAUUUUUUUGACACACAACUCAAAAAAAAGCUUGCUAACAUGGGAACUGAGACUAACAAAGAUGACCGUAACACGCCUGAGUAUCUAGCACAGUUACUAAAAGAUAAAAAACAAAUUCAAGCCCUACCAAAUGUUUUCAUUCAUACGGAGAAAAUUUUAGACGAAGGUAAGUUGAGCCUGAAAACUUUUGAAAACGACACUUGUUCGGUUUUGAAUUUAAUUAUUGUUUGGUGUGGAUCAUUCGAAAGAUGCAAUCAAUAAUAUUUUCUCGUUUGGAUUACACGUAUUUCAUAGUCUAUGAUUUCAUUUUGUUUGAAAAGAAACAUUUGAGGAUGAUGAAUUUUAUUAUUGUGUAAUCAAUGGCUGAGCUCGUAAACUUUUUCCCGAGGCUGUUAGUGUCGAGGCUAAACCAGUGAUAAAAGUUAUUUAAGUUAAAUUUAUUUUUAAGAUUUUGCAAAAUUUCAACGUUGAAAGUGUUUCCCCUCCAGUAAAUAAUAGUUGAAGUGAUGAAAAGUUUGGCUUUGCUAAAAUAUAGCCGCAUUCCUAUGCUCUCCGUAGCCUGAAAUCGGGCAGCCAUCUUGAACUCGUCAUACACCGAACUGGGCCGGUCUAGGAGGGUUCGGAGAAAGGCACAGCACCUUUCCGACUGGGGUCUGGGGUACAGAUUUAACUUGUUGAUGGCGCGUGUUUAAAAAAAAAAUCACUCAUGCAUAGAAAGCUACCCGUUGCCUGAUACUAAUAUUAACGUUUCUUUAGAUAACUAAGCAAGCAUUGGUCUGGGUAAUAGGAUCAAUACGUUUUAAAAUAAUCUUUUAAUUUAUAAUAAUGGCAUUAAUGCUGAUCUGACUUUAUAGGCCUACUACCUGUCUUAUGAGGUUUUCUUGUAAGUUGUUCAAACAAAGAGAUACCCUAUUGACAUGUGGUUGGCUGUGUGGGCCCACAGUAAAAUUAGACAUUGUGGCGAAUUUAACGGUCCUAUUAAGUACUAAGUAUGAUGUACACCAAUUUUAGAUUUAAGUUUACUUCUGUAAUGUUACGUUACAUUGUAUUUAGAUUUAGGCUAUGUCAAUGUCUGUCACAGAGUCAGUGGGAGUGUUAAAUCAUAGACCAGCCUACUUACUGCCUAUCUGUAGACUCUGUUAGAUCCAUGGGAAUGACUUAUUUCAUUUCUGUUACCCUAAUAUUAUAUUGUAAUUAGGGCUCAAUUCUAAGGGGGUCUGUAGCUUGUUGGACAGUAUGUGCCACACUCACAGUACAUACACAUUUAGGUUAGACCUGCCUUUUGGGGAGUGGGGAUUAUGACAGUACAUACACAUUUAGGUUAGACCUGGCUUUCGGGAGUGGGGAUUAUGCCCUAACCAGAUCCCAGGGUUUAGGGCCCCAUUGUUUCUACGUCAAAUGUGUGGAGAGGGGGUUGGUAGGCCAGUAUAUUAAUACAGGGUGUAAACAUUUAGCCUAAUUAACAAUUGCCUAGUAAGUAAAAGCAUUGCCACACUGUUAUUAGAUUAAGGUAUGCAUAGUAUAUUAGUUGCGUUGGCUAUGUGUAGGCAUACAGUUUUUAAUUAGGCCUAAUUUAUACAUUAUUGUAUGCAGGGCUACUAGUAGUUCUUGCUCAACAAGACCUUGGUUUGAAAAUAUAGGGAUACAGGUUUUAUUUAUUGACAAGGACAAGUCCACUCCUAGAUAAAGAGAACUAUUUCAUUCUUAGUUCAGUAUGAAUAGUUAUAUGGAGAAAUCAUAUUUUAAUAACUUGAUUUGAUUAAAUUUUGAUAGCUAAAGACUAAAGCCCUAGAACAAAAAGACUAAAGUCCUAGAACAAAAAGACUAAAGUCCUAGAACAAAAAGACUAAAGUCCUAGAACAAAAAGACUAAAGGCCUAGAACAAAAAGACUAAAGGCCUAGAACAAAAAGACUAAAGUCCUAGAACAAAAAGACUAAAGUCCUAGAACAAAAAGACUAAAGUCCUAGAACAAAAAGACUAAAGUCCUAGAACAAAAAGACUAAAGUCCUAGAACAAAAAGACUAAAGGCCUAGAACAAAAAGACUAAAGUCCUAGAACAAAAAGACUAAAGGCCUAGAACAAAAAGACUAAAGGCCUAGAACAAAAAGACUAAAGUCCUAGAACAAAAAGACUAAAGUCCUAGAACAAAAAGACUAAAGUCCUAGAACAAAAAGACUAAAGUCCUAGAACAAAAAGACUAAAGUCCUAGAACAAAAAGACUAAAGUCCUAGAACAAAAAGACUAAAGUCCUAGAACAAAAAGACUAAAGUCCUAGAACAAAAAGACUAAAGUCCUAGAACAAAAAGACUAAAGUCCUAGAACAAAAAGACUAAAGUCCUAGAAAGAAAAGACUAAAGUCCUAGAACAAAAAGACUAAAGUCCUAGAACAAAAAGACUAAAGGGCUAGAACAAAAAGACUAAAGUCCUAGAACAAAAAGACUAAAGGCCUAGAACAAAAAGACUAAAGGCCUAGAACAAAAAGACUAAAGGCCUAGAACAAAAAGACUAAAGGCCUAGAACAAAAAGACUAAAGUCCUAGAAUAAUUUGUAUAUCUUAUUUCAGUGGUUGCUUUUUCUGCUUGUGGUUUGCUGUCCAGUCAUGACUUGGUCAGUAUUGUACCAGUAGAGCGCAAUCAGAUAAAAAUUGGAUUAAGCCAUCCCUUGAAGUGGUCCUUAACUAGACAACCGAUUUGGCCCUUAUCACCACUGGUUCUCAAAAAGUUGGUGAAAGCAAAGGGUACUUCACAUGCACAGGCUGAGAUAAAAACUUAGCUGCCUUGUUCGUCUUAUCAGAGGUCCUCAUGGUCAGUGAAAGCAUAGUGUACUCCUUGUGCAGUGGUGAAGAUAACAUCCCCCACCACCCCGCAAUACAACAAACAUGUCCUCAGUCGUGGUUCAGAAUAUUUUUUGUUUAGUUAUUUUGGUGAAAUCAAAGUUUUAAGAGCCGAUGGUCUCAAGUUAACAGAAUUUUAUUCAGCCAAAAUUUCCAAAUAUAUCUUUUUUUAAUUGAUUUUACUUCAGCACCAGGUUUAACUACAGUAAUAGGGGGGGGGGGAAUACAAUUUUAUCCUGGUGCUUGUAGGCUGUUGUAAAACUAGUUUUGUGUUAGAUUAAUUGUAUUGUUAUUUAAAGCUUAGCCAUGGUCCCUCUGUCAGCAUAAAAUUUUAAUAGGUAAUGUGUUGUCUGCUUUACUAAUGAUUAUGUGCAGUACACUUACAGAGGUCAAGGGUCAUGUCUGAUAAUAUUUUAGUUUCCUCUUUGCAUGCCUAACCUUGUGUUUCUAUGUCUGAGUAUCAAGUAUUGUAAAAGUUAUUUUAAAAAAUGUCCCCAUUAAAAUAAUUCGUCCAUUUUUUCACUCUCUUCAAGCCAACUUUAACCGUGUAUUCAAUUUGUGAUUUUUUUUUUUAAACUGCAAAUUUUUUUUGCACACAAUCCAAUCCAAGUUGUUGGAAAAUGCUUUUUGAAAAGGACCAUUAAGUUGAACAAUGCCAGUGGGGCUAAUUAAUAAACUACCCUUUAGCUGAACAAUGCACCCAGACCGCUGUGUCUCAUUUGCAUCUUAAGACAGCAGACAUUUCUAAGGUGUCAUAGCUGAUAGCUUGGUUUGAACUUUUAUAACGGUGUUUAAAUCCAAACUUUCUCUCUUGCAUUUUCCUUUUGAAAGAAAAGUAAUCUCACCAUUUUCCUUGAAGGUAGCAUAAAUCAAAGGUCAAAGGUUAGCUUCUUAUAACUUGAACUUCUGAUGGAGGUGUUGUGCUCUCUGCUCAAUCACUUUAUUAUUUUAACACUGUUAUUUCACUGUCCAUUUGAUAUUGUAGCAUUAGGGAUUUUUUAAAAUAUCUUUUUAAUCUCUGUUUCUUUACUAAUUGAGUCAUAAACACGUUUGCCUAAUGUUUCCUCAUAGCCCUGAAUAAUCUUCAACACAUAUAUUAAUAUUGAGCAGAUAACAGUGGUAAAAAAAUAUAAUCGCACAAUAAUUAUUUUAACCCUUCAAAAUUAUUAAAAGAUUACUUUACUAGUUUAACCCUUUAAAUACCACGGUUUAUUAAUGUAUUAGUAUGUAACCUGGUUGUGUUUAUCGUGUCUAUAAAUAGUCUUGUGCAACAAGUGAACCCAGAUUUAAAAAAAUAUAUACACAAAGAUAAUGGGUAAAAUGUCAACAUUCUGUUACCGAACCAAUGACAGUUCUUGCUGGAUUCUCAAACACCUUUCACAGGUAAAAAAAAUUAUAUUUUCAUUUGUUUUAUUUUUUAUUUUUAUUUUUUGGUCUGAUAUUAUAUUAAAAUUGGUUUCUAUUACUUGGCCUCAUUAUCUUGACCUGUCAAUCUUAUGUUUCUAGUAUCCUCCCAUUCAAACAACUAAAAUUGACCAAAACAAUAAUUUAACAUUUCCAUUGCUUAAAUUGUGUCAUUGAUUUUUAAGUUUUAAGAGAAAAAUCCCCCUUCUGUCCCAGCAUCUUGUAUUGUUCAUCAAGGUUACUGCUCAAAUCAAUUCCUAUAUUACCUUGAAAAAAAAAUUACUACAUCUUCAGUUCCAUAUUAGAAUUGCUGUCAAUUUCCUAGGUUUUUUUGCGUGGUGUCUGUUUAUCCAUUAGUUCUGUCCAAGUAAACUUCUGGCCUCCCAGUUUCUUUGUUUUCCCGGGAGACGUCCUUAUUGAGAGUUUAAAUAAUUGCUUCUGUGCAAUAUUUAAUCAGGAAAUAGAAACAGGAGAACAUGCCCCUCCCCCCCCCCCCCCGCCCUCUUUCUGUUGGUGCACUGCACUUGUGGCAAUGCCCAUUACUUAUUUCCUCACAACUUUUAAAAAUCUUUGUUUUCCCGGGAGACGUCCUUAUUGAGAGUUUAAAUAAUUGCUUCUGUGCAAUAUUUAAUCAGGAAAUAGAAACAGGAGAACAUGCCCAUCACCCCCCCCCGCCCUCUUUCUGUUGGUGCACUGCACUUGUGGCAAUGCCCAUUACUUAUUUCCUCACAACUUUUAAAAAAAUGUUUACAUUUUCUUGAGGGAAGGCUUCAUCCUUCCAGUUGGAAGGCUUCAUCCUUCCAGUUGAUGACAAAUAGAUUUCAUUGAUUAAUUUUAGUAUUGAUUAAUUGUGGAAUUGAAGUGUGUGUGAAUACCGGGAGCUAUGUGUUAUGUUAAAGAACUGUGUCCAGCUCAAAGAGAUAUUGAUUGGCUGUGGUAGACCUGGAUCAGUCAGUCUUGGAGGGGACUCCCAGGCCUUCGUCCCUUCGCUGAUAAUUUUGUUGAUGGUAAUUGUGUCGCCACUGAUCAAGUUCCUAUUAUUCAAAAGAAUAAAAAAUUUUUUUCAAAAGAAAGGUUUUUGGCUUUGUCCUAAGAGAUUGAAAGGAAGAAUUGACCACUGCCGGCACCGGAAUUUUAUAACGGUCAAAUUUGAAGAAAGGUAGGUGGGGGUGGAGAUCACUGGAAGAACCCAACCUGUCUUCACAAUAUGCAUAGCAAAAUUCUUGGUGCAUUAAAAAUAAAAUUGCUGAAAAGAAGAUGUGAUGAAAGGGCAGUUGUCUACAUUUUGAGUGUGUAUAUAAUCGGCACUUACCACAUCUUCUUUAUUCACCCCCUCCCCUCACAAAUGAUCACUACGAGGGUGUAUGCAAGAGCAAACGGAAUUUGUGUGAUGAUGGUUUGAGGGGAGGGUGUUUGAACCAUAGAUAUGAUGUCUUAAACAGGGGAUGGUGUCUUAUAAAAUAAGGGAGGUAGUGUUUUACCAUAGUACAAGUACAAUCCUUGUUCUUCCAAGUGUGGAACUAAAGUGGAAGAUGAUUUUGUUCCUCAUUGUGUUAAGUAAGUGCAAUAGCACCAAAGGAUAAUGAAAUUUGGUUCACUCUUUGCCUUGUUUACAUAGCCCUCUUUCUGUGGGGGGUGGUUUGGGGGUAGGGGUGGUGCCGGUUAUGUGGUGGGGUUGGGAGGAUAUGGGCUGCUUGCUACAGGAGGGUAGAGGAGGUGCCGGUUAUGUGGUGGGGUUGGGAGGAUAUGGGCUGCUAAAGGAGGGGUUGUUUUAGUUGCGUGCCCUUUCCCCCUUUUUUCCUCGCCAGAGCAGCAUUUCGUCUGUCAUUAUAGUUAAUCUGUUGUCAGUGAAUUUAGACUUGGUGUCUCCGCUUUUAAUAGUUUGGUUGCAAGUUUUCACCUAGUUAUCGUUGUGCAACUUUUUAUAGUGUGCAGUUGUAUAAGUCUUUCAAAUUAACGUUUUUUAAAAUUGUAAAUAACUCAUUCACAGACGUCUGUCUGGCCCGAGCACGCCAUUUUGCAUCCUACGCGUACCACCUGCAAACACAUUUUGGGGAAAUUUUCCACGAUUCGUCUUUAGCCACUCUAUAACUUUCUCUCGGGCCAUUUUAUUCAUGGGCUCGGUUGCUUCCCUUUUAAUCCUUUUCGAUCUCAGAUUUGCAUUGAUGGCUAUUGAUCAAAUUACCGCCCCUGGAAUGGGCCGAGUUCUCGACGAAAGCACAACAGAACAAGAAAAUACGCGGCGCCCCGUCAAUUAGGGCAAUGUGCCCUACUAUCAACCACCCUCCCCCACCCCCACUGCCCGUUUAAAUGGGAUCGAGAGUAAAGAGUCGAGCUUAUCUUGAUUUUGUUAAUGUUGGCUUCCAGCUUGGAAUUUAGGUACUCUCUAUGUCGUCGUAGCUACAGCUUCCCGGAAUUUAGAACUUUUGAAUCUAGAGUUGGGAAAUUUCUUUAGAACUUUUGAAUCUAGAGUUGGGACAUUUCUUUAGAAUUUUUGAAUCUUGAGUUGGGACAUUUCUUUUUUUUUUUUAGAACUUUUGAAUCGAAAUUUGUUACAUUUCGCACAAAUCUGACUCAUUGGCAUGACGCCAAUAGAUGGGGUGGUCUAAGACGGGUCGCCUGUUUUGACUGGCACCACUCGGCCAUGACCUCAACUUUCCACGUGUUGUCAAAUUCACCCCAGUCGCCAUCUUAUUUAUAUAUAACGGGCGGGUGGGUAGUGGACAGAGUAUUGGACGUUCAUCACUAUUCUUUAUUACUAAUCAUGUCAUUGAUAUUAAUUGUUUCUAGUUUUCACCCAUUUUCGUUGAGUUGGGGGCCGGGGGAAGGGGGGGGGACAUUUCGAUUGGAACUUUUUUUUUUCUUCUAAGGGUAGAGAUUUGUUGUUUUGUUUAUGUCUACAAAUACGUUUCAGAAGAUGAUUACAGGGGUUGGGCUCGUUUUCUUGCCUCUGUGAAUAAAACAACAAACAUAAGAAACGUAAGUGCUAUGGUGGAUGUUCUUGGUCAUUUAAUCUGAUCCAUUCAUCGAGGUUGUCUCACUGUUCAACAGCUUUCCAACGGAAGUGUCUGUUGAUUCGUCCACGAUAGACGAUCACGGCCUAUGGAUAGUGCACCACUCGCCUAUGGAUAGUGCACCACUCGCCUAUGGAUAGUGCACCACUCGCCUAUGGAUAAUGCACCACUCUCGCGCGCAGCUGGUUUUGUUUUGAACGAAUUCGUCACAUAAAGAAAAUAACACCAACCUGUUUAAAAAUAGGUAAAUAAAAGUAUAACCUGCCAGUAACACGUGAUGGUGUCCAAUAGUGUAGUUUUAAAAGAUAAACUUCAACUCAAUUGUGUUGGCCUGUCGUUAGAGAAGUUUCUUUCACUCGAUCGAGUUGGCCUGUCGUUAGUGAAGUAACUUUUACUCGAUCGAGUUGGCCUGUCGUUAGUGAAGUAACUUUCAGUUAUUUUAAAUUCCCGAUAGCGACGUGACCUUUGUGCUAACGACGUGACCUUUGUGGGCUUUGGUGCGGAAAGUUUCGUGACUUUCAAAUAUGCAGAUGUGAGAAUUUAUCCACGCUCCGACUCGCCAGGGAGCCGUGACCAUUUAACCUAAAAUACAAUACAAAAGCUAACCUCGUUCAAAGCCGUGGAUAUGGCCCGUUGGUUAACAAUGUCAGGUUGUGCGUGCCCUUGUUGGUUCCAGGUUCGCGUUAUUAGGGGUCACUUUGUGAUAAGUCGUCGUGGCACCCAGCUUUGUCAAAAGUCCGGUAUGUUUUUGUGUGUGUGUGGCCAACGUGACCUCUGACUUGUCACGCCAGGUGAUGUCUCCCAUGUUUAACUAAGAAAAUUAUGAAUUUCAAAGGAUUAACAAUAUUUUAUGAUCCUAACAACCUCGAGGCAUUCUGCAGUUCCGACCGAAUCUCUUAUUAAAUACAGUUUGUGAAAAUCUCACCUAGGUUCAGGGGUUUAGAGUAAAAUAAUAUGCUGGGAUGCGGCGGGGCGAGAUAAGGGAGGGACUAGAUUGAUGUGACAGGUGAAGGGGCGCACAAUCCUCGAAAUAGCCCUGGCAGGCUUUAUUUUCUAGGCUCUCCCGUCGUCAGUCUUCCGCUGGAUAGCGCGUUAACCGUCAAGACGUUUUUGGCGAUAAAGCCUUUCUUCUCCUUCUUCUAUUGUUAGCACUGACAACCACACUUCUUUUUUUUUUCUUAUCCAUCAACCCACAUGCUAAACAGUAGUUAUAAAAUGACAACCCCAGGUUGAUAUCCACUCUCUUCCCAAUACGGCAUGGUCUUGUUACUUUUAAAGUGCAUUCAAAUUCACAAACGUCGGUCGUCGUGUUCCCAGUAGUUUCACCCCUGAAUACGCCGGCUUUACAUCUUGCUGAUAAAACUUUCAGAGCUGGGUCUUCUCUUGUCAGUUUACGCCACCACCAUCAGAUAAUUAAAUUGUUCAUGUCCCGUGUUUGCCAAAUGCAACGCUCUGUUCCCCCCAAUAUUAUUAUUUAUUUAGCCUUGGCGUUUAUAGGAAUCGCGAGAAUGCUCGGUGCUAAAUACUGGAGAAGUUAACUUGGUAUGGGUGCUAACUGCUGGAGAAGUUAACUUGGUAUGGGUGCUAAACGCUGGAGGACGUUAACUUCGAACCGGUUAGUUAACUUGGUAUCGGUGCUAAACCCUUGAGAACGUAGCUUGGUGUAAGUGCUAAACGCUGCAGUUGGAGGGGUUAACAUGCCACGGUUGCUACAUAUGGUGAGUUGUGCGGAAAGAGAAAUUGCCAGUUGCCGACUGCUGAGGUUAACUUGGCGACUGCUGAGGUUAACUUGGCGACUGCUGAGGUUAACUUGGCGACUGCUGAGGUUAACUUGGCGUGUGUGGUGAGUUGUGCGGAAAGAAAGAUUGCCAGUUUCCGACUGCUGAGGUUAACUUGGCGUGUGUGGUGAGUUGUGCGGAAAGAGAGAUUGCCAGUUGCCGACUGCUGAGGUUAACUUGGCGUGUGUGUUAAAGGUAGGGUGGGAUGUGUUGUCAUUUAAAGUUUUGUUGACCCUGUUGUACUUUCGUAAGAAAGAAACCAAUGGCUUAUAGGAGCGACGGACGGACGUCCACUGGUUUUAAGCGGCUGCUACAGCUUUUUAUACGAUCAUUUUAGACUCGCACGGCCAGUUAGAACUUGUCUAUCAACUGAGCACCCUUCCCCUAACCCUUCCCCGAACUCUUCCCGAACCCCCUCCAGCGAGCCUCUACAAAAGGGCUUUUUUUGUAUUUCUUGUUUCUUUUAAACGUCUUUCCUAGUCCUGGUGUUGGAAUGUGUUAUUCAUAACCACCGGACCGUGACGGGGAGAUUUGAAAGGUAUCAUUAUGUUGAGCUGUGUAGGCCACCUUCACAACACCAGGCCUACAGGUGUGUUAGCCAGUGGAUCUACCACUGAUGUACCAAAGGGUCCCCAAUAAUAAUUUCGGCUAAUUAUUUCAUCGCAAAAAAAGAUUAUCUCAACAUCAGGUCCAUUUGUCUCAAUGAAAGUCAGUUUGAUCCAUCAAUUUAAUGACCAAUAAAAUCAGUCAUAGGUGUUGGACUAUUUAGUUUAAGCUUUGCAUUUGGGAUUGCUAGAUGUGGUUGUUCUCUGGGGACUUAAGCUUAUUUAUGUAUUACACUUGGGAGUGGGGGGGGGGUGUCUCUCAGAUUUUUAAACAAGGAGCUCCACAUUCUUUUCGCUUGGUUUGUGAUAUACCUUGUGUGAUAUACCUUGUGUGAUAUACCUUGUGUGAUAUACCUUGUGUGAUAUACCUUGUGUGAUAUACCUUGUGUGAUAUACCCGGAGAACAGAUAAAAACUUUUGAUUUUUAUUAUUGUGGCUUCUUCCAAAAAUAAAAAAAAAAACAACAAAAAAACAAAGAAAAAGAAAGAAAGAAAAAUAAGGAAUUAUGAGAAGGCGUUACGUUUUAUUUUGACUUAAGGGCAUGCUACAUUCCUAAUAUAACUUUUGUGAUAUACCUUGUGUGAAAUACCUUUGUUGAUAUACCCGGAGAACAGAUAAAAACUUUUGAUUUUUAUUAUUGUGGCUUCUUCCAAAAAAAAAAAAAAAAACAACAAAAAAACAAAGAAAAAGAAAGAAAGAAAAAUAAGGAAUUAUGAGAAGGCGUUACGUUUUAUUUUGACUUAAGGGCAUGCUACAUUCCUAAAAGGUAUACACAAUUCAUGUUUACAUGACAUAAUUGGUCGGUAGACAUGCAUUGUAUGUCAUUGCUUCAUCGCAACCAAUUCAUUCCAUGUUACUGUCGGAUUUUAAAAAAAAAUGUUUGUCAGAUUUCAUUGCACGGGUGCUCCUUUUUUGCCCUGUUUUAAUCAAAGUAUUUUUGAAUUAAGAAAGAACGACUUAAUGACAAUAUACGAUUCUUGAUAGACGCCAUGAGACUACGGCCGGGUGUAUCGAUUUUCUGGUUGUAAUCCCAUUUUUAAAACGGGCAAUCAGCUUGAGAAUCAGUGUGUAGUACGGUACACAUACAAUAUGAGAAUCAGUGUGUAGUACGGUACACAUACAAUAUGAGAAUCAGUGUGUAGUACGGUACACAUACAAUAUGAGAAUCAGUGUGUAGUACGGUACACAUACAAUAUGAGAAUCAGUGUGUAGUACGGUACACAUACAAUAUGAGAAUCAGUGUGUAGUACGGUACACAUACAAUAUGAGAAUCAGUGUGUAGUACGGUACACAUACAAUAUGAGAAUCAGUGUGUAGUACGGUACACAUACAAUAUGAGAAUCAGUGUGUAGUACGGUACACAUACAAUAUGAGAAUCAGUGUGUAGUACGGUACACAUACAAUAUGAGAAUCAGUGUGUAGUACGGUACACAUACAAUAUGAGAAUCAGUGUGUAGUACGGUACACAUACAAUAUGAGAAUCAGUGUGUAGUACGGUACACAUACAAUAUGAGAAUCAGUGUGUAGUACGGUACACAUACAAUAUGAGAAUCAGUGUGUAGUACGGUACACAUACAAUAUGAGAAUCANCCAAAAACUUGCCCCCCCCCCCCCCCACACACACAGACACAAUACCUCGGCGACAAAAGCCUGAUACUUGAUUCAUUCAUGGACAAUGUGAGGUGGGGAGGGGAGAUUAGUCCUGCGACUUGCCCACCCUGCUCGACCCCAUCUCGUCCCGGUUUUGGGAUCUCUUUCGCCGACUCUUAGUGUCUGACAACUUGAUAGAGCCCACUUAGAGCCUUGGCAAUUAUUCUGAUAUUUAAAGAUAAAUAAUAAAAAAAAUCAUCAGUUUGAGGCAUUACACUAUUUGAAUACCACCCCCCUGCCGAAACCCAUCCAUUCAACUGUUUACGAAACCCAUCAAUUCAACUGUUAACGUUCCCUUCCUUUACAAGAGGACCCCUUCUCCUCCCGACCACUAUCCCCUCCCCCUCUGGGCACCGAUAUGAUCAUCGCUCUGACCACUUGACAUCAUUUAGCAAACGUGGCUUCCCUCUUAUCCGCUGGUCGUAAAGGUUGAUCAUUACAUCGACUAUAGACUGCUGCUAUUGCAUCUGUUAUAAGUUAGCAGCAGUUUAUACAUGUCCCUGUCGCUGAUAUUCCGGACGAUUAAAAUUUUGUGCCGCCGCCGAGAUUCUGAUAAUUUAGAUAAAAAAUUGAGUGGUCAGUUUGUUAAGCUUAGUAAGUGAAUUAGUGGAACUACAUCAUACUGGCCAUCUCCAUGCAUUCUAUCUUGGCAAUAUCCAUUCCAUAGUGUUCCAUUAUUGAGAAUGCCCCCCCCCCCCCAACAAAAUAAAAAAAGCCCAUAUGUUUCAUGUCCUAAUUUCUGACAUUUCAACGUAAACCAUCAUGUAUUUGAAGUUAAACUAGGACCUUUUCUACGCAAUCCAUUCGGGCCAUAAUGCGGACAUUUUCAAGGGUUAAUGUCAGCAUCAUGAAAAGUCAUAUACAAUGUCCAUAUUAAUUCAAUGAGUGGGAAUGCAUGUCGCGAUAUCACAGCUAGCGCCUGUUGCGCAUCUCGUCAUCUCGCGGAAUUUAAGCUGGGAUAUCUUAGAUCAGAGCUUCUCAUCCUGACCCCCCUCCUGUGGCAACUUAUUUAACAAUUUCGCCUGGACACGUCUUCCUUGCAAGAAAGCAACAGCAACAAAUAAUAGCCACAAGGUCCCUGAUUCACGUAACAACAUUUAUGAGAAGGGCGAUAGGUGAAACGUCGCAAAUGAAAAACUUCCAGAAAUAUUACUGCUUCUGUCUGGCCAACAAACGGGUUAGUUGUUACUAUCAUGUAAUAAGAAAGCUCUACCGCGCUGUGUAGUGAGUAGUGUACACAGGAUUUCUAACAUUUAAUCUACGCUGUCAAUACCCUCCUCUAUUUACUCACACAAUAGCCGUGUUAACAAUAGUCACGUUAAAAAUACGUGCGUGUGCCACAAUUUGAUAUGGUAAUUGGUUUUUAAAAAUUCGUGCCUGGGGGACCUUACAAUAAAGCAUUGUUUCCAUUCGAAGUCUGUUACAUUGCUGGGUGUCUUUGUUUUAUCUUGGACCCAGGCGCCCCCACCCCAGGCGGGGCCCGGCGUUGGGGAUUAAAUUUAAAUAGAGGCUCGCAUGUCACACCCGGAAGUGACCUCAUCUCAUCGCUCAUCUUGUCACAUCUCAUGUCGUCUGAUCACAGGACCUGGUGGAGCGGUGGUCGUGUUGUUGAGGGAGAGGGAUGUGGUCGGGAUGUAAGUACUGAACCGUUAAUCUUUCAGUCCCACAACCAAGACGUUCGCUGGUUGUUGUUGAAAGAAUCACCUUAACAGAAGACAAAUCUUAACGAAUACGGUCGAACCAUUUAAACAGAAUUUUAAUCUUUCAGUGACACAGUCCACAGCCAAGGCGUUCACUAGUUGUUGUUGAAAGAAUCACCUUAACAGAAGACACGUCUUAACGAAUAGGGUCGAACCAUUUAAACAUAAUUUUAAUCUUUCAGUCCCAUAUACUGGCGUAGACUGGCAUAGACUGACAUAGACCAAGACUACACGUUCAUUAAGGGAAACUCUCCAGUAUGUUCAGUAUGUUCCUAAUUUAAAUAUAGACAAAAAACAUGAACACAUUACUAAUACCCAUUAGGUUACUUUUGUUUUGAGGUUACCGGUACUAGUGAGCCAUUGGACUUCUACCGGUACUAGUGAGCCAUUGGACUUCACGUGUUGUGUGUUUUAUGUGAUGGCCUUUAGUGUGCUCUUCGUAAUUGGUGGCCAUUCGGUUGCUCUUUGUAUUCGAUAGUAUGUGUUUUUUUUUUUUUUUUUUUUUUUUUAGGUGUUGCCUUUAGUAGCUUAUUGUUACUGACGUAACACACAAAACAUAUUGUCUUGUUGUAACCAAAUUCUCUCCUCCUCACUGCUCUAAACUUCUCAACAUUGACACAUUACCAUGUACUGUUUUAUCCUGGAGUUUUAAGUUGACAGACAGCUGUCUCAAGUCAGUGGCAUGAUAUCCUUGUACAGUGUACAGCAAACAGUUUGAUAAACCAGGGGACCGCGCCCAAUCCGUGUCAAGUAAAUAAGGAUAAAUAGUGGAUCAAGAUGUGUUUAGGCUUAAAAAAAAAAGACAUAACAAUUAAAGAGCCGUUUGCCCAAACGCUGUAGUCCACAUCAGAAAAAAGAAAAAAAGCUUAUUAUUUAAAACACAAAGUCUUCACAGAUCACAAUGUAGCUCUCUCUGUCUCUGUGCACAAACUAAGGCGCACUAUAAAAACUUGAGUUGUUGAAAACCAAAACAGGAAAUAGAGUGCUUUCAUAAAAUUUAUUGAAGGUACGCCAAACAUUUGUUUCUGUGUUGUGUGUUCGAUACUUGACUGAUACACGUUCAGAGCUUUUUUGAGAAAGUUUCUAACCCUGUGAUCUUGGCUGGGUAUCAAAGACUAGUGAAACAAAAAAAUAAAGAAGGAACCAAUGUUACAAUUAUUUUUUUUUUAUAAACCAACUUGAACUACUGCGUGUACGUACACCUUUGGCUUUUGAUAAAACUAAAUACGGGUUAAUCCGCCUCACGUUGAAUUGUUAACAUGUCUUCAGAAGUCACCCAGGUCACUGUCUAUACACGAUCUUUAGGUCCUGUUCGUAUUUACAUAUCUUUGGUAUGAGCUUAGGCGAGUCUAUUGUCCCGAUAGUUAAUGCUUAGGUCUGCUGUCUCCGGCCUUUGGUUGCUGAGGGCUCCCCAUAAAUGUUCGCUCUAAGGUUUGUUGGUUCGUGAGCAGGAUCAUACAGUUGUGUGCAAAGUUUUACAGCAUCAAUUUUUUUGUGUGCAACAUUUUACAGCCCCCAAACACAAACACGCACUUACAUGGAAAUUUGCUGCGCGGUACUCAAAACUGCUGAGUCUGUGAGAUAGCUGCGCGCCUUAAAGGGAACACUGCUCCCCAUUAAUGGCAUGCAGUGUUAACCUACAACAUUUUAUCACCAAAGAUUUUUUUUUCAGCCCCGGUUCUUGCAAACAUAAAUCUUCAGUCUUUUUAAAUUUUCUUCACCAGACCCCACCAAGAGGCAAAACUCCCUCGCCCCCCACAACCCCCCCCCCUUCCACAUCAUGAAAGUUGCCUCACGUUUUACAACAUGGGUGACGAUAGGAUCUUUUCAUUAUUAUUAUCUCAUCGUUAAUAAGAGCUCUCCUGCGGUAGGAGAUCGUUUAUGAUCUCACUUAAGGUGUCUGUAACCACUCGCCUUUGAACAGCAGCUCGCCAUUGCCUAGUCUAAUGGAAGACACGUUUUUGUAAGGGAAGAUGAAAGCAGUGUCGGUGGCCACGUUUUCGUCAUGGCUAAUUUUAGUCUUUGUGGAUGGCCGGACUCAAUUAAUGUGUCGGGGGAGGAAUCAGAGUUGACUUCUGAUAAAGCUGUGUUUUGGUUUGUAUCGCCAGGUCAUCAUAAUUACUCGUGCGUCGUACCUCUUUGAACCAUCUCACGUGCUCAUGUUGGACAAAUUUCAAUCCAAUGCCCAUUGACGAACAGCACAUGGAAGGGGGAGAGAGUACAAAUAUUCAUUUAGAGUGCAUUUUAACACCAGAGGAAAUAAUACAGUAUAGUAUCGUUCCCCCAACCUCAAUCAAUUCGAUCUCCCAAACUGACACACCCCUUUUUCAAAAUUUUCACCACCAGAUCCGCCCCCCCCCCAACCAUAAAACCCACUACCCGCCUCUCCCUUACAACUACCUUCCUCUCCCUUACAACACCCCUCCCUGACACUCAGUCGUACCUCCUUUGUAAGGGCUCCUAGUCCAUAGCCAUUGACUGCAUGUUGAGAUUAUUUGCCUGGUUCAAGUGGUUAUGUACAUAGAUCAAGUGGUUACCGCACCAGCAGUCCUUGAGUGAUUCGGGAAUUCUUGCGUCACACAUUAUAGACUAUAGUCGAAUUAUUUCCCCCAAAUGAUGUUUAAAUCCAAAAAGCUGAGACUGCCUGAAGAUGAUUGCUGGAACUAUCAGCUUCUUGUACGUACUUUUUCAAACAGGUGAAGAUGUCUCCUGGGUGCUCCUUCGUUGUCUGCACUUUACCAACCCUAUAGAUAUAUUCAAUACCAGCACCAUAUACCCUCUUAUACUUUACCCCAACCACCUGCCCACUGUCUCUGCCUCCCGUCAUUUGCUGGCACCCACACUAUAUCUCCCACAACUGACCCUCCUAUUUCUACCUUCAUCCUAUUCUGGCGCCCACCAACUGACCCCUGUCUCUAACCUCCAAUCAAACGGGGAUCCUUACUGUAACCCAACUCCAACCCCUUCCUUACAUAUGUACAUCCUCCCUCUUCCCUUGACUGUCUUCUACAUCCACCCCUCCCCUGCCGUUGUAUAUAUCUCCUACCUCUAUCCUCUCCUUCCAGGGACAUAUCCCAGCACAUGGCACACCUCCCCCUUUUACAAACCCAUCCCCAAUAAGCUGAAUCAUUUCAAGUGUAAGGUCUCCACCCAAGCUGGAUGUUGAUUGGAUUCUGUUGUAAAUUUAUUGAUUGUUACAUUGUACAGGAGAUUCCCUUGCUUAGUGUUGAAAUAUUCUUUCAUUAGUCAGUUUAAUUGUUCCCAUCCUCCUUUGACAACAAAUUUAAAAAAAAUACCGGUAUGUUGCUCUUUGGGGCGAGUUCAAGAGACCAGUCGAUUCAUGUUUCACUUAAUUAAAUUUGCCUUUCUGAAUCCCCCCCCCCCCCCCCCCGUGUCAUAUCUUCUUUCUUCUUUCGUUAUUGAUUGGUUACUUUUGUUGUUGAUAGACCACAUUUGUUCCAGGGUUUUUCAGACUCCUUUAUUUCAUUUUAUUUUUAUAUAAAGCCUGAAUAGAAUAGCCGUUAUUGUGAACUUAAAAGUGCUGAUUUUAUACAAUGUUUGGACAUCUUAAACAUUUCAUAACUUAAAACUAAGAACUUCAGCACACAUAUUCAGUGAUACAAGAGUCAUUGAGAAAUCUUAGUGAGAACUACCCGGUACUUGAUUUUAUCUUUGAGAAAACAUUUUCAUUUUUGCUUUUAAAAAAAAGUUUGUGAGUUCGUCAAAGAGGAAUUUGUUUGUUUUUUUAUCUGGUGGGUGAGAAUUUAUAUUUCCUCCAGAAGGAAUUUCGUGAUUUCAUCAGGCAUACAUUCGUUUGGUUUUCAAAUUCUGCAUGUUUGAUCUCAAUAGUCAAGUGAUUAUUUAUGAUUGUGUGUUGGUUAUGUUAUCUGCCCUGUCAAGUAGAUUUGGUAUUUUACAUUGUCUAAUCACAAUAAUUCACCAAACCCUUUUGCUAUGGUAAUAAUUCACCAAACCCCUUUGCUAUGAUAAUAAUUCACCAAACCCAUUGCCAUCAUAAAAAUUCAACAAACCAAUGUUUUAUUUUCAUUAACAGUUAAAAAAAAAAUAUAUAUAUAUAUUUUUGAAUAUAAAUUUCAGAAAUCAACAGAGUUCGUCUUUCAUUGUUUCACCAUCAAGGCAAAAGGGAAAUCCUUGACCUUCCAGAACCGCUUGGACCUGUUGUCCAGCUACAGGAGAAAUUGUUUGUACCAGUUAAAGAAUACCCUGAUGUGAGUAGACACAUGUAACAUUCAAUUACUAGCACUCCUCCAUUAAAAGAUGUUUUAAAAUAUUAGCCCCCUCGGGUGUGUGUAUGUGGUGGGGGGUGCUACUGCAGUGAAACCUUUAAGUAGGACAAUUAAAGAAGUUAGGCCUUCAAAUACAUGUAUAUAUUAAAAUCUCCAGAUAGGGUUGCAUAUUUCCACCCAAAUUUUUAUUUCAGUUUACUCAUCUGUCUGCUUCAAACCAAUUUUAAAAUCAAUUUUGUUUGUAUUAGUUCAACCAUCUUGCACUUAAUAUUUACUGAACCCCAGUUAUUGGGUUAAAAAGAACAACCAGUGACCACAUCAUUUUUGCAUCCGCAUAAUCCGGAUCAGACUACAGCCUUUUUAUCAACAAAAUAAGCUGGUGGUUAUGGAUUCUCUAGUAAAAUUAAAUUUAAUUAUAGGAGUAACUGUAGUGGGCGGUUCAAAUGUUGUUUUGUUUUUUGUUGUUUUGGCCCCCCCCCCCCCCCCCCCCCACGUAUUGACACACCUAUUUUAUCUAAAUGACAUUCUUCAGUGGCCAGACCUGAGCCCUAGUUUUUAAACAUGACCAAUUGGUCUCAACGAUAAGCUUUCCGUUACACUUACACACACAAAAAAAAAAAAGAAAUAGUAAUUUCAUUUCUUUGUUAGUGUCUUCUUUUAUUUGUUCUCCAACACGUCCACACGUUCCGUCCACACUUUCCGGCCAGCAAUGUCAAUAAACAAUGCUAGUAAUAGUUACUCUUUAUCAUACAUUCAUACAUAAUCUUUUUGCUAGGUUUGAAGUAUUAAUUACACUCACAUUUUUGAAACAGUAAAUCUCUUUCUCUAUAUAUAUAUUUUUUUUGUAUAACAGAUUUAUAAUUUAAAAUCAAUCAAAAGUUUGAGAUAAAGUAUGAUGAAUAAAAAAUCUAAAAAAGCUCGAAAGGUGUUCGGCAAUUCAUAAACCUGUGUUAGUUGAUGUCCGGCGAGGUAUUCGUCUUGUGUAUCUGGUGGUCGGGCACACGUGUGUACACUGGGGGUCCCGCGAGACUCAGACAUUAUCCGAUGCAAUCCAUCGUGCUGUCACUGCCGUGUGGAUUUAAGAUUUCACUUGCAAACUGCGAACCUUGCUGUCCUUGCUAGCUGUGGUCACUGAAAUCAACCGUAGGGCUUGGCAUAUUGGCGACUACAUAUUUCCCCCGCUUAAUGAAUUUAAAUACAAGUGAAGUUUAAAAAAAAAAAAAAAGCAACUCGUAUCUCGUUUAUAUCGAUUGAGAACAGUCCGAGUGUUCGGUCAAAAUGGAUGGAUUAUAUUAAAUAUACCGACUAAUGUAUUAAAGAUACUGACUGAUGUAUUAAAGAUACUGAAUGAUGCAUUAAAUAUACCGACUGAUAUAUUAAAUAUACUGAAUGAUACAUUAAAUAUACCGACUGAUAUAUUAAAUAUACUGAAUGAUGCAUUAAAUAUACCGACUGAUAUAUUAAAUAUACUGAAUGAUACAUUGAAUAUACCGAAUGAUGCAUUAAAGAUACUGACUGAUGCAUUAGAGAUACCGAAUGAUACAUUAAAUAUACAGAAUGAUACACUGAAUGAUACAUUGAAGAUACCGAAUGAUACAUUGAAGAUACCGAAUGAUGAUUAAAGAUACCGAAUGAUACAUUAAAUAUACCGAUUGAUGCAUUAAAGGCACAGAAUCCAAUACGAAUCAAAUAAUCAGUGCAUUCUUACUAUACCGUGCAUUUCCACGUAAUGCCGUCAUUGUAUGUUACCGAUAUAAUAAAAUAAUACAGUUUUUUUUUCUUUAAGAGAUAUUGCCGUUAUUAAAUUAUUAAGGGAUGUUAUAAUAAACUUUUGCUACUUUACGGCAAAUCACAUUUAUGUAGUUAACUCCCCCCUGCCCCAUUUAUCAGCCAACUCCAGCCAGACCUACACAUGUUAGCCAUUACUAAUCAACUUUUAUCAUAACACCGUUUUACUGGCCACAAAACACCACCAACCUAGGGAUGAGUUUUUGGUAAACUCGAGCAUGAGCCCACGUGGAAGUUAUUUCCCGAGACGCUGGUUGAGGGGUUUCUUCUGGAUGUCAUAAUCAACUAAUGCCAAGCUCGUGAUUACGUUCGCAUCCUCUCUUAGUAAGUGCUCCCUCUGACAAAAUACCGGACUUGCUGUUUUUACGAGCGGGUUCCCUUUAUCUUUCGCUCCCUGAGCAUUCCUCGGGCUUCAGCGGAUUUCGGAAUCUUCGUUUCAAGUCGGCUUCAGUGUCUCUCAGAAAAUCAAAUAGCCUUCCCUUCGGGUUGACAUACAUGCAUGCUAUAAUAUAAACUUAAUAGUCACGUAUUCAUAAUCCCAGGUUGGAACACAGCUCGACCUAAUUGAUGUGUAACGAUGUUCAGCUCACCUGGGGUGAAGUUGCCGUGGCUUCAUUUAAAAAAAUAAACAUAAAAUUAUUUCGACUAGUUUGCGACAAUACACACUGGCAUGCGCAGAGCGCUACUGCGUAUAGCUUCAACACACCGAACACGGAACUGGACUAGUUGAGCACAGACGCACUAGAAUUUGAAAUAAGUCAACUCAGAGUAAAAUAGGUCUUCCAGCUGGCACUGACUCGAUCUGCCAUCACGUAGCCGUGAUCACGUGAUCGGUAACACGGAAAUGUGGAGCACCGAGUGAACUCUUUUCACAGUUCCGAACUGACCAGUGGCUGAUAGACCACCAACUGACCAGUGGCUGAUAGACCACCGAGGAAAAAAAAACCCACCAGGAACGCAAGCCGAUGGCACCGGAAGUCGAUUAGGCAAUGGAGUGUCCGAGCGUUAAUGACCGCCGAGUUGUUAAGGGGUGUGCACGCGCUGAUGGGGUUGCCGAGUUUGGGAAUGCGAGGAUCCAUUACGCUAUUUUGCUGGUCAUGUCCAGUCCACCUGGCUUCAAGGGGUCAUUCGAAAAUUACGUCACGCUCAGGAGGGAGGGCGGUCGAGAAUUUGUGACGUCACAUUUAUUUUAUUAUGAUUAUUUUUUUUAAAAUCUACAAUUUUCUAAUUUUGAUAAAUCUUUAUUCAAUUAAUUUGAGGUCGAAAUUGCCUCGGGUAUUAUAAGUACCGUGACACUCGGUCGCUCACACCUUCUGCACAUAAAGAAAAAUGACGCAAAAAAUGUUGUUGCAGUUUUAUUUUCGUCUCUGGGAGGGGUUCGUUGUUUUGGGUCUUACGUCACAGUUUUCUAAUACUAUAUCUUAAUCCAUUAUGGGAAAAAGUUAAAGAACACAUUUAAAACUCUGUUUAGUUAUGAAAAUUUUAUGCAUGUUUUGAUUUAGGGGGGGGGGGGGGGGGUGGGUGAUUGUUUUUGGUGCUUGUGGGGGGGGGGGGGGGGGGGGGGGUCUGAAAUUGUCUUUUUUUUGCGUGGCAUAAUUUGCAAACGACCCCUUAGGUAACGUGAAAUCAAAUGCCAGUGGUUUAGAGGGACAUCGUAAGAAAUCUAAUCCUAUAUCAUUCAUGUUGAACCGAUCAUUGUGUUGCCAAAGAGAAUCUAGAGAAGGACACGGUUUAGUGCCUGUCACUGUUAUAUUUAGUUAUAAAUAAGAGUCGAGACGUCGUGGUUCAAAUAGUCAAUAUUUUAAUAAAAAAAAUUCACAAUAAUAUCCCAAAUAAGAAAUGUGUGAUUGCACAGACACAACAUAUAAUUUUAAUCACCUAAAUCUAAAUUCAUAUAAUAUAUUCAGAUCUCCUAUAAUGUAUUCACAACGUCUCAAAAAUAUAUUCACAUCUCCUACAAUAUAAUCACAUAUUCACAGCAUCUCAUAUAAUAUAUUCACAACAUCUCAAAUAAUAUAUUCACAUCUCCUUUCACUCCAAAAUCUGAUGUACAAAAUCUUGAUCUCCAAUGAAAUAAGUCCCAAUACUCUGUAGUAUGCGCUCGGGGAAUAUUAAUUAUAUCAAUUGUCUCCCAUCAGUGGUUCACACAUUCAUAACGAUAUCCGUGACAGCCCCCCCCCCCACCACACUUUUUAAAAACCCAACAUGUAUACGCAGUAGAGCUCCUUAUUUGUCCAUGUCAAUUUUUCCCACCAGUGGAUCUCAAUUCCUUAUUGUCUCGCGGAUCUCAAUUUCUAUUGAAAAAGGGGGUGGGGGCGGGCUUUGGCUCACUCUGUCUUACAAGUGAAUAGUUUCUAGGGCAGUGGUUCUCAACCUUCCUAAGCCGCAACCCUUUAUUAGUUCCUCAUGUUGUGGCGACCCUCAGCCAUACAAUUAUUCUCGUUGCUACUUCAUAAAUAUGUGUUUUCCGAUGCUCUUAGGCGACCACCGUGUAAGGAUCGUUCGACACCCAAAAGGAUUGAGAACCGCUGGUACAGGGGUUUACUUAAGCGGGUGCUGAGCCCCCGAGAAAAGCACGCGGGAGCCUCAUGAGCGCAGGUCUGGGGGCCACUGAUUUUAUCUAUUUGACAACAGUAACAUCCGCACCACAACGUACAGUACCGAACCUCACUGUGUUCCUUGUGACUGUGAGUUCAGGGUCGCAGACGUGCUCUAAAAUGGGUGGUCGUCAAUAUUAAGCCGAGCAGUUCAUAGUUGUAGAAUGGAAGCUUGGUAUUUGAUCGUUUAGAAAUAGGCGGACAUUCUAAUUCGCCUCAAUUUUUCACUUGACCUUUCCAAUUCACCUGAUUUGUUUAUGUGAUUCUAUCGUUCCUUAACCAUGAUGGUACUUUUCACUUGAUGGUUUCUUGCACUUUUUGGUUCCCAUCCCUUGGAUUGUUCUUUUAAUGAGACUGUCACUUAUCAAUGCGUAAUAUCUGAAAACGUGACAUGCUAACCCUUUACCCACCAUCUCCGUCUACAAAGCGAGCUCAAACCGUGGUCUACCCUGUUCUAUCUGUUGACUGAAAUUCACUCAAUGCUCACGUUUUGUUUAUGGCACUCGAAGCUCGCGGGCUCUCUGCCCCCCUGAGAAACCCAUCAACACCGAGGACUUUAAAAAAAAAAACAAAAAAUCCUCUUACUUAGUCUCGUGAAAUAAUCCACGGGAUCCAUCAAAAUGGUUAGUGGUUAGGCAGUGAAAUAACGAGAUGAAGUGUCGAGGGCUUCUUCUAGCGGCUAUUAUAAAACUUGAUACCAAUUUCAUUGAAAGUUUCACGCUCUGGCCAUCAUGGAGAGGUGUUUUUUUUUAAAAUCACCCGGUUGCUUCAUUGCUCUACCCAUCAUGUCGUAAAACAUCGUAACCCAUUUCAUCAUUACCUUGCCCAUCAUGUAAUUUUUAUCUAUUUCUUUUCGUGCAUCAAUAAGUUCAAGCCUAAGUGUGAAAACCAUUGUGUACCCGAGUUAAGAACACGCCACCACCAAACUAAGACGCAAUCCUAAGACAGUAUCAGUAUUAAUUAUGGCAUCCGUCCGUCAAAAUAUGAUGGUGGUGUUGACUUCGCAGUAUUAAUUAUGGCAUCCGUCCGUCAAAAUAUGAUGGUGGUGUUGACUUCGCAGUAUUAAUUAUGGCAUCCGUCCGUCAAAAUAUGAUGGUGAUGUUGACUUCGCAGUAUUAAUUAUGGCAUCCGUCCGUCAAAAUAUCAUGGUGGUGGUGUUGACUUCGCAGUAUUAAUUAUGGCAUCCGUCCGUCAAAAUAUCAUGGUGGUGGUGUUGACUUGGCAGUAUUAAUUAUGUCAUCCGUCCGUCAAAAUAUCAUGGUGGUGUUGACUUCGCAGGACGAAAUCACAAGGCCGGGGAUUAUUUUUUUUUCUUUUGGAGGAUAAUCUAGUUCCUUGGACAGCAUAUCGCCUCAUUCCACGCACCUUGAUAGCUCAAGAGAACAUCACGCUUGGAUGAUACAGCCUGAUACCAGUAACGCCGCAGGAGUUGACGGAAAAAGCAUUGUGCCAGUAUCCGGUAUCAAUCAACUCUAAUAAUUAUUACCCUUGAGAAAAACUUGCAUGGACUUUCAGCUGUCCAGAACAUAGGGGAGGUUGUCAUAAAACGAUGACACGUUUGAUCGGUCCUCGCUAACGGAAAGUUUCCCCACCAAAAUGGCCAAAUGCAUCGGACAACGACCAAUGCCAUCAGACAACGACUAAUGCUAUCAGAAAACGACCAAUGCUAUCAGACGACGACCACUGCCAUCAGACGACGACCAGUGCCAUCAGACGACGACCAGUGCCAUCAGACAACGACCAGUGCCAUCAGACAACGACCAGUGCCAUCAGACAACGACCAGUGCCAUCAGACAACGACCAGUGCCAUCAGAAAACGACCAAUGCCAACAGAAAACGACCAAUGCUAUCAGAAGAUGACCAAUCCUAUCAAUCAGAAAACGACCAGUGCCAUCAGAAAACGACCAAUGCUAUCAGAAGAUGACCAAUCCUAUCAAUCAGAAAACGACCAAUAUAUAUCGGAAAAGGGACCAGGCAAUAGCGCCGUUUACUGAAAUAAUGGCUUCUUGUAGCAAAUUACCCCCCCCCCCUUUUUUUUUCUCUUCUUUUAUUCCCACCCCGCUCAUUUCAACCCAGAAUAAAGAAAAAAAAUAAAUAUAUAACCUGAUGUAAUUUUGGACUUCGAGUGGGUUGAGUUUAAUGUUUGCCACAAUAGAAGCCAGAGGUCUUUAGAAAUUAUGACGUGCGUUUCUUAUUACCAAGAUGCUCUGCUCUUGGCCCCAUGCGAAUCGUCCCUUUGUUUUCGCGUGCCGUGCAUUUGUCUCACCUAUGUGUCUCGACCUAGUCUGCUUCUGCUCAUUCCCAGAACGUUGUUUACAAAGCUCUCCUGAGCCUAUCCAAUCUACUCCGGAUUACUUGAUUGUAAGAGACCGAGGGCAAGUGGCGUUAGACAAACUCGUGGUUUCCGCUCCUCGCUCACGCGCCAAAAAAAAAAAAAAAAAAAAAAGCACCAUAAAAAAGAAAAAAAAAAAAAAAAAAAAAAAAAAGGCCGGGCCAAAAGGAAAAAAACCCCCCCCCCAAAAAAAAAAAGAAAAAAAAAGCCACAAUAAAAAAGAAAAAAAAAAAAAAAAAAUUAUGAAAAGUCGCGCCAAAAGGAACACCCCCCCCCCCCAAAAAAAAAAAAUGUUUCGAUUCAAGAGUUGCUUUGCGGAAAUCAAAGAGUUGGAUUCUUUGUGUGCGUGUGUGUGUGAGCUGUGUUACCAGACACUGUAGGUAAGUCUGGGAACACAUCAGAGUUUUAGCAUAGCCUUUUAGGAAUAUUCCGAGAACAACGAUGAACUAGAGCAGUGGUCCUCAAAUCUUCAGUGGCCUGAAUGCGGUUCGGCCAUUCGAACACAAAUCGUGUUUGAAUCUUAAAAACAUGGUUCUUGACAAGAAAUUUUGCACUCAAAAAAUUGUCAUCAUCCUGCUGCUGAUUUUUGGCCCUACUGUAUCGUUAGGCCCAAGUGCCGAUACAGAUACAAACCGCGGUAGAUCCAAGUACUGAUACAGACAGCGUUAGGCCCAAGUACUGAUAUAGACAGUGGUAGAUCCAAGUACUGAUACAGACAGUGGUAGAUCCAAGUACUGAUACAGACAGUAGUAGAUCCAAGUACUGAUACAGACAGUAGUAGAUCCAAGUACUGAUACAGACAGUGGUAGAUCCAAGUACUGAUACAGACAGUGGUAGAUCCAAGUACUGAUACAGAGAGUAGUAGAUCCAAGUACUGAUACAGACAGUAGUAGAUCCAAGUACUGAUACAGACAGUAGUAGAUCCAAGUACUGAUACAGACAGUAGAUCCAAGUACUGAUACAGACAGUGGUAGAUCCAAGUACCGAUAAAGACAGUGGUAGAUCCAAGUACUGAUACAGACAGUAGAUCCAAGUACCGAUAAAGACAGUGGUAGAUCCAAGUACUGAUACAGACAGUGGUAGAUCCAAGUACUGAUACAGACAGUAGUAGAUCCAAGUACCGAUAAAGACAGUGGUAGAUCCAAGUACUGAUACAGACAGUGGUAGAUCCAAGUACCGAUAUAGACAGUGGUAGAUCCAAGUAUUGAUACAUACAAGUAGAUCCAAGUACCGAUACAGACACUGUUAGGCCUAAGUACCGAUAUAGACAGUGGUGAUGUUUUCUUUGUAAAAUUAGCCCAUUUCAAUAUGGCCGUAAAAAAUGGGGUAGACACAAAUAACUUUGCCACGGGAAGUCUCGUCUUAAGAAAAUUAACACCACCAUUGAAAUGCUUCAUUGUUACUGUUUGUAUAAUCAAGACUUCAGUAUUAAUUUCAAUUACUUACAUUCUAAUUAAUUGGAGCGCGGCUUUAUUAUAAUGUUAAAAAAAGAAUACUAUAAUUUAACAAAAAAAUGUUAAUUCACUCUUCACUUCCGAAUGUACAGUUCGCGAGAAGAGAUAACCUAUUUAUUGUUGCUCCUUGCCAACAUUCUCCUGAUCGUAUUGCUACAAGAUGUUAUUGGCAUGAUGAACUGGUCAUUAAUGUGAGCCGGGAAGCAACGUCACGCAAUGUGAGGGAACAAUGGCGGGGUUGGGGGGGGGGGGGGGGUUGGGGGGGGGAGACGCUCGCAGAUUAGUUAACUAAAGACACUUGAAGACACUCUCGUGUUUGCCCGCAGACUCUCAGGUAUACACCGAGGAAUGUGGCGAGGGUUGAAUCGGCAGCCGAUUGCGACGGUUAAUAUUUGACAUCCCGACCUCACUGUUGGUCUGUGCUUUUGAUUAAUAGAAACGGACAUUUUUAUCUUCAGAAAGAUGCAGCAGAGGUAGAUUUGAAGUGGUUGGGGGGGGGGGGCAAGGGGCGGGGAAAUGUUGGCGCCUUAAACCUCUUGCUCAAGGCGAGUUUUGGUUUUGUCAGAAAAUGCCAGGUUCUUUAGCUUCGGAGGGGGGGGGGGGAGGUUAGAGUUUGCGUCGUGUGAGGAACAAAAAGAAAUUAGGGGUGGUGGUUUGGUGGUUUGAUUGCUGGGUGGAAAUGAAAAUAAAGCUUUGUUAGAUUGCUGGUAUUGAAGGAGGUGAUGUAACGAAGCUUGCAGUGCGCGUGCUGAGAUUGUAAAUGAGGCAUUAUAUCUCACUCACGCGAAAGCUCAAGUCCACUGGCGUUGCUGGACGAUAGCUCAACCUACAUUUUUUUUCCUCCUAUUUUUAAUGCUAAGGUAGACUGUCGGUCAGAACAAAGGACAUGGCUAAUUCAUGGGGUCCAUAGUAACCAGGGUUAGGAAUCGUUAAUCUCAUUUUAACGUCGUAGUGCGCUUUUGUGUGUGUGAUAGUUCUACCUAUUUGACAGGUAUGAAUUCACAAACGCCGAGCACAGUCUGUGUGUGUGUGAUAGUUCUACCUAUUUGUGACAGGUAUGAAUUCACAAACGCCGAGGACUGUGUGUGUAUGCAGUUUGUACCAAUCGAAAUUGAAUGUGAAUAUUAUGUAUUGAUAAUAUUGCGAAUCGUAAAUUCUCCGUAUCAAUUUAGUUUACGAAUUCUAAAAAAAAUAGAACUAGCUUACAUAAUAUACAUACAAUAGUUCAAUAGUAACUGUAUACAUUACAAUCUCGCACUAGCUUUAUCUUCAUACAUUUCUAGAUCGCACUAGUUUUAACCACAUACAUUAAAUACAUCGCACUAGCUUUAUCUUCAUACAUUACUAGAUCGCAUUUAUUUUCAUAUAUUACUCCAUCGCACUAGCCUUGACUUCAUACAUUACUGGAUCGCACUACCUUUAACCACAUGCAUUAAUUCAUCGCACUAAUUUUAACUAUAUACAUCAAGUACAUCUCACUAGCUUUAACGCAACACUUGAAAAUGUUCUUUAAAUAAAAUAGAUUUAAUCUUUCAUUUGUGAUUGACUCUUACAGCAUCACCUACUCCUUAUUCCACACACCCACUGCCGUGAUGCAGCGGGCACACACCCACUGCCAUGGUACAGCGGGCACACACCCACUGCCGUGGUACAGCGGGCACACACCCACUGCCGUUGCCGUGAUACAGCGGGCAUACAUCCACUGCCGUUAUACAGCGGGCACACAACCACUGCCUUUAUACUGCGGGCACACACCCAUACAGCGGGCACACACCCACUGCCGUGGUACAGCUGGCACACACCCACUGCCGUUGCCGUGAUACAGCGGGCAUACAUCCACUGCCGUGAUACAGCGGGCACACACCCACUGCCGUGACACAGCGGGCACACACCCGCUGCCGUGAUAUAGCGGGCACACACCCACUGCCGUGAUACAGCGGGCACACACCCACUGCCGUGAUACAGCGGGCACACACCCAUUGCCGUGAUUGCAGCGGGAUUUGAUAACCAGUAACAUACAAUGAUGUAAAGGUCCAAAGAAGCGCUUCAAUAUAUUCUAAUUCCUGUGGGUUUUUUUUUUUUUUAACGUGAGCCCAUUCCCGAAAUUUUCCUGUGGAAAUGUUAAGAAAUAGAUAAGUGGGUUUAACACAAGCAUCUCUGUGUAACAUUAGAUAAGUGGGUUUAACACAAGCAUCUCUGUGUAACAUUUUUUCUGGCAGACGACACUAAUUUGAUACAAAGCAAGCAGCCGAUGUUUGCAUCGGACAAAUUCUUGUGGAAACUGUACAUUAAAUGUCACGUGGACUUGCUCACUGUGACAUCAACUUUUUUCCUUCUUUAUUUUGAGAGCGGUAUUUGUGUGUACAAGGGUGGCUUGCCCGUGUGUGUACAAGGGUGGCUUGGCCGUGUGUGUACAAGGGUGGCUUGGCCGUAUCUGUGCAAGGGUGGCUUGCCCGUGUCUGUACAAGUGUGGCUUGCCCGUGUCUGUACAAGUGUGGCUUGCCCGUGUGUGUACAAGUGUGGCUUGCCGUUCGAACCAUUGCUCAUUGUUAAUCUUCACAUUUCAGACCAGUUGUUAUCGGGUGUCCCUGAAACCACUACUUAUUUAUUAGUAGAUUUACGUAGAGAGUUUUCUUGCUUAUUAAAUGGGUAAAAAAAAAUAUUGCGCACCGACCGGUACAAUACAUCACUAUCUUUUUUCUGUCUCUUAAAACAAUAAAAACACUGAGUCCGUUUUGUCACGGGUGAGUUUUAAAAGAAUUAAACUAAACUGUUUGUGGAAUGUUCAACUGUGGAAUGUUCAACUGUCGAAUGUUCAACUGUGGAAUGUUCAACUGUGGAAUGUUCAACUGUGGAAUGUUCAACUGUGGAAUGUUCAACUGUGGAAUGUUCAACUGUCGAUUGUUCAACUGUCGAAUGUUCAACUGUCGAAUGUUCAACUGUCGAAUGUUCAACUGUCAAAUGUUCAACUAUCGAAUGUUCAACUGUCGAAUGUUCAACUGUCGAAAGUUCAACAUAUCACCUCUCGUUUUCCUGUUUCUUGCUUACCUUUAACCCUUUAAUAAUUAUUUCUGUUCCAAUUUUCCUGUCUUUCUGUUUCUUACAAAGCGUUUCUUUGUUUCAGUUCAAUUUUGUGGGUCGAAUCCUGGGGCCCAGGGGUAUGACGGCCAAAGAAUUGGAACAGUUCACAGGCUGUAAAAUUAUGGUCAGAGGAAAAGGUUCCAUGAGAGACAAAGCAAAGGUAAGACGUUAGCCAGCUACUAUGUAUGUAUACAUUUAAAGAGAGAGAGAGAGAAACCAAUUUUCCCACCCCAUCCCCUCAAAAGAUUCAUUGACUGGACACACGAGCAAGCAUUGAUAUGCUGCACACCCUACACCAUUUUUAGCUGUCUUUAGUGGUAUGUGAGGUUACACCGUGAAUGCAUAACGACGUAUAAACAGAUACACAUGGAAUCAGGGGCCGUCCCUUCAAUUCUGGAAGAGAAAGGUUCCGCCACUCUUCCCAAGAGCCCAAUUGAAUCGAUAAUUCUCUGGGCUUGCCACCCCUGAUACAACACUCUGGGGAGGCAACUAUCCCACAUCAGGAUGUCCGCACUGUUCAGCUUUCAUUUUGGGGGUUGGAGACGGGGAAAGGGGGGACAGUUUUGAAAACACAAAGAGACAUGUUAUGAGAAUAUUAUUUUUUUUAUGUCCAACAUAAGCAGUUGAUGUUUGGAAGUGGCAAAUUGAGCAAAUUUUGCAUUAACAGAAGCAUCAUGCGCCAGUUUGUUAUUGUAAUGUUAGCCAUGUAAUUGUUGCAAGGGGCGAAUGUUUUUAUGACAGGAGUGAAGUUGUUCACCAAACAUCUAACAAUUAUGUUCAGUCUGCUGUUGCAGCCGUCAAUUAAGUUAAAGCUGCUGGUACAGCCAACAUUUACAUUAAGGCUGCUGGUACAGCCAACAUUAAGAUUAAGUCUGAUGGUACAGCCAAUAUUAAGAUUAAGGCUGCUGGUACAGCCAACAUUAUGAUUAAGGCUGAUGGUACAGCCAACAUUAAGAUUAAGGCUGAUGGUACAACCAACAUUAAGAUUAAGGCUGAUGGUACAGCCAACAUUAAGAUUAAGGCUGAUGGUACUGCCAACAUUAUGAUUAAGGCUGAUGGUACAGCCAAAAUUCAGGUUAAGGCUGCUGGUACGGACACCCAUUUAGGUUACUGCUGAUGGUACAGCCAACUGGUGGUGGAUGUAGGUUACUGCCGCUAGUAGAGAGGCCAUGUUUCUCCAUUUUGCAAGAAGUCAUAAAAGCCACAAUUCGUAACGGAAAAAUACACAUCUGAUCAAUAGGGUAUUUAGACCUGCACACACCCCUCGCCCCACUCCCCCCACCCCCAUCAUAAAUACCCCUUCCGGUACCCCUUCCCCGGCCCCCAUCCACACGGCCAGGACAUACGUUUGGUCACGGUCAGCCAAUAAGGCCUGUAAGUUCCCGUAGACUACAUAUGAACCUGACACGGAUCGAUUGCUGCAUUCAUCCGGCAUUUCUGGUCUUGUAUUGUCUUGCUAGGAAUGCACAGCAGUUGGCAGGCCUUGCGAUUCCAACAUUCCCGCUUUCAUACAAGCAGUGCUUGUUAGUUUGAACUAUAUAAACAUUUACUUCAACAGUUUUAUAUUUGACUCAUGCCCCAUCCCUCAAGCUCCUUCUCCCCCCCCCCUCUCCUUUUUUCAUUACGCGCACGUAUAGCUGUUGGACGGACAUGGUUCGAAAGCCCAUGUUUGUUUUGAAUGAAUGUUUUUCAGCUUGAUUGAUUGCUGGCCGACUGGAUUGCUUUUCCAGUGUGUUGGUUGUUCAAAUUUGAUUGUUGUUCAACUACAAAAGUUGUUGACCUAUAGUUUGUAGGGCUGAGCCGGGUGCCAACCCGGAAAUGUUGAGCAUUGGCGCACCCGGCACAUACCCGGAACCGGGCAAUGAAACGGAACAGGGACCGGUAAUUAAAUGAAGUUAUCUUCUCAUUUUCUAAAAUGUGUUUCACCCCAUGGGGAGAAAUGAAAAGUACAAACAUAGAACCAGUAUAUCUUUUUCACAUUAUUAUUAUUAUGUUAUUUUUUUUGGGGUGGGGGGGGGGGUUACAUUUUACUGUACCUCAUUUUACAUGUAUUUUUAAAUAAAUAACAGAAAACUGAAUUUGUGCGAAACUAAAUGUAAGCUAAAUGAUAAUACGAAUUGUGUAAAAAAAAAUGGGUUGCAAAGAAUAAUGGGUUGAAAAGAAUAAUGGGUUGUGAGUAAAAAGGGGAGGGGAGAGAGUUUACAUUUUACUGUACCUCAUUUUACAUGUAUUUUUAAAUAAAUAACAGAAAACUGAAUUUGUGCGAAACUAAAUGUAAGCUAAAUGAUAAUACGAAUUGUGUAAAAAAUAAUGGGUUGCAAAGAAUAAUGGGUUGAAAAGAAUAAUGGGUUGUGAGUAAAAUGUGUAUUUUUCGGAUUUGAAUUUUCAUUUUUAAAAUUAAAAUAUUACUUUUAGUGAUCGUAUAAAUUUCUUAUUGUUACUACGCUCUGUCUAAACUCUGACCACACUACAUUUUCAAAAAAGAUGCAAUUUAAAAACUGAUUCAUUUUCGCUGGAUGUCGGCAGCUAAGGUAGCACUUCCUUUCAAUUAAAAAAAAAACAAACAUUACAUUAUAAUGACGAUUUUAAGUUUUUGUAGAAUUUUUUUUUCUUAUUUGUCACAUUUGAAAAAAAAAAAUUAUAAAUCUAAAAUAAAAAUUAAAAGUUGACAACUUCCACGAUAAUCCGUAGCCAGGUGUGUGAAUGUUUUCAAAUAUUUUCUGGGGAUUGACUUACAGACCCCCUUAUGUAAACACCCCCUCCCCCCCCCCACUUACAGAUCCCCCCUCUGUGGAACCCUCCCCCCAACCCACCUUUCUUAGCCCUUAUUUGAUCACCCGAUCAAAAUUCCAAUACCAGCACCAUUUAUCUACAAAAAGGUUAACCCCGACCCGAGAAGUUUCAUCAUUUCAAGGUAUUUUUAUGGUUGUGGGUCGCCACAACUUGGCAAAUGUUAUAAGGGUUGGGGCACUAAAAAUGUUGAGGACCGCUUAGUUAGGAAUAUAUCAUUAAGCUAGCUAUUUGUGUUUUGAAGCCUAAAACUUUGAUGGCUUCUGGAUCGCUGAUGGUUCUAUGCAUGUACUUCUCACGUCUCCCCACAUAAAAAAAGGAGAAGAUAGCCUAGCACCCGACGGGUAUUUUCUCAAAAUACCCGGACAAGAUCACCCGUCGGGUAUUUUAUCACCGUACCCGGACUGGAUGUAAAAAUGUAAUAAACAUAAACUACACCCAGCUCAGUCCUAGUGGUUGUUCCUACACGCUGCCAGUGUGAGAAUAGAAGCAUUUUUUUAAAACCAGAUAUAUCAUUGUUAUAAUAUCAUAGUAUCACUACAUAUAUCAUUAGUAUGACACUGGGUGUUUUUACAAUAGUAACACACUGGUCCGAUAAUGGUCACGUGGUGAUAGUGGUGUAGAGGCGUUGGUUCACGGAGCUGAACUUUGCCAGCUUCACUUAUUUCCCUAUCUAAAUAAUCCAGUAUAGCCUGAUGAUCUCCGUCCCUGGAGUGGUAGUGGUGGUGGGGGGUGGCUGGGAGGGAGGUUGCGUGUUGUGUGCGGUCAACGCGGGACGCGAGCCCGCCCCCCCCCCCACCCCUUUUCCGGUCGUAAACGUGGCAUUAAUUAUGCAGGCCAGGAAAUGCAACAGGUUGACACUUUCUUAAACGCUCAUUUUAAUAUUUGAUCGCAGGAGAUUUAGUUAUGUCUGAUGAGAUGCUCGCACGGCAUGGUUAGGUUAUGUCAGAUAAAUGACAUCCCCACAUGGCAUGGUUAGGUUUGGUUAGAUAGGCGACAUCCCCACAUGGCGUGGUUAGGUUUUGUUGGAAACAUGACAUCCUCACACACCAUGGGUAGGUUUUGUUAGAUACAUGACAUCCUCACACACCAUGGGUAGGUUUUGUUAGAUACAUGACAUCCUCACACACCAUGGUUAGGUUUUGUUAGAUACAUGACAUCUUCACACACCAUGGUUAGGUUUUGUUAGAUACAUGACAUCCUCACACACCAUGGGUAGGUUUUGUUAGAUACAUGACAUCCUCACACACCAUGGUUAGGUUUUGUUAGAUACAUGACAUCCUCACACACCAUGGUUAGGUUUUGUUAGAUACACGACAUCCUCACACACCAUGGUUAGGUUUUGUUAGAUACAUGACAUCCUCACGGCAUGGGUAGUUACCGGUACGAAAAAUAUUCCUCUUGAUGUCAUGUGUAUUAGAAUUUAGCGUUAUUUUGGAGAGUCGCCUUGAUUUAAUCUUUAAAGUAACGAACUUAAGACGCGUGCUUUUAAGUAUUGCUGGUAACGAGAGAGGUUGAGGAUCGUAAUACGAGGGGAUUUACUGAUUGUGCGACAAUGAGAAUCAUAGUUACAAGGCUGGUGAAUUGUUUCGACGUAGUUGUAUACCAGUAACAAUGCUCACCACUGAUGAAAGUAAUUGACAUACACAAAAAAAUGUAAUUAGCCCAAGGCAGCUGGUGGUGUUUGUUCUUAAAGUCUCAUUGUGAGAGGCAUUGGAGCGUGAACGGACGCAAUGGCGAUUUCCCUUUGGAACCAGUGCACGGAUGACUUCUUGGUACAAACUGCUCCAGGCACACUCCUCGCUAGAUGCCUGCACUAGAACGUGUUUCAUGCAGUCUCCCCCCCCCCCCCCCCCCCCCCCCCCCCCCAAGACCCCCGCGCUGGAAAUGUCAUGGUCUUCGAGUUCACCACAAAACAUACGAAUUAAGGUGAGAUGACUAUAAAGGCCUCACCUGUAAAGAAAGAGGUUUGUUUUGAACUCAUUAUCCAAGUUGAAAUAAAACCGUAGUUCGGUUUACCGGAUUGUAGCCUAAAGGUGUCUAGGGUUAAAAAAAAAUACAUAAAUCUAAGCUCAUUUCUUUGUCAGCCCACACCCCAAGAUCAGAACGCCACCCACGCCACCCUAUUCCGACCCAGCCGAGACACCCGCAAACCCGCCUUCUUCUGCGUUUGACCACCGUUUAUUCUGGUUUUUGUUUGUUUGUUUGACAGGAAGACCAGAACAGAGGCAAGGCCAACUGGGAACACCUAAACGAAGACCUCCACGUACUCAUCACCAUAGAGGACACACGGAACAGGGGAGAAAUCAAAUUACAGAGGGCCAAAGAGGAAGUCAAAAAAUUAUUAGUCCCAGCUGUAAGUCAUGUGACGCUUUUCAUAACGUCUUUUUUUUUUUUUUUUUUUUUUUUUUGUGGUUUUUUUUUUUUUUUUUUUUUUUGUUCUUUUAUUUAUUUACUACAAAUAAAAGAAAAAAAAGAAUUAAAAAAAAAAAAAAAAAUAGAUAUUAGACAGUGUUUCUUGAAAAGUAGGGCAUCUCGGACUUUUCAAAGCUCUAAAAUGUUUCACUUAAUUUUUUAAAUUACUUAUGAAAAAAUACAUAUUUUGAGCUGCUGAAAUAUCCGUUUGAGAAACACUGUGAACUGAAUUGCCUGGGAUAACCCGGUAAGAGUUAUUGGAGGAUGGAUUUGGUUAAUGGAUAAUCUGUGGGUUUCAAAAAUGGGUAAUAGUGGGUUUCAAAAAUUGAUAACCAUUGUACUUGGUAAACAAACAAACAAAAGUUGGAUUUUAGAUGUUUGAUAAUAGUGGGAUGCAAUUGAAAAAGGAUACAAGUUGCGACCAUAAAAUGAUCCUAUGUUUUCUCCAAAAGUUUUAUCACUUCAAUAUAAAUGUUAGUUUUUGUUGAAUAUUUGGUGCCACUUUUUUGUUAGUGUUAACAUUUCUUAGCAUUAACAUUUUUUUAAAGUGGUAAUAACUGUACAUGGUAACAUUUCUGUGUUUAUGUAAGCGUUUGAAGUAAUUGUAAGGGUGUCUAUACUCUACCCAACCCAAUAUUUUCAUUUUAGAUGUUGUACUGUACGCUUGCGCCUCCAGCUAUAUUUCAGUUUCCAAUUUUAACAUUCUAUGCCCCCUCUUCAAAACCUAACCGCACAAUGACUUAAAAAGCUUGCACCGUCAAUGCAAAAAAAAAUAUUAAAAAAUGAACUUGAUUCACGCCGUCGGUGAUAUGAAAAAUUCGUUAUACCAAACGCGAUUUUCUUGUAAAAUUUUUGUUAUAGUAUCCUAGAAAAUGAUUACGCAUUUUAACAUUAUUUGGGAAACUUUCGUGGAAUGAAAAGUUCAACGUAUGUACGCGUACAAGGUCCCGCUGUAUCUUGGUCUACUGGCGGGCGUACGAGGUCCCGCUGUAUCUUGGUCUACUGGUGUGAUGGCUUGGAAGACAGAUACUGAGCAAUAUGACGUCCAACGUAGAAUUAUUAUUUUGAGGUGCGUGUUUCUGGCACUGUGUCAUCCAAGAUGGCGUUUUAGAUAUGUAUGGGAGCCUCAUUACAACAUCCUCGUGGAUUCUUAGCAUGAAAAGAAGAGCGGAACAAAAAAAAAAAAAGCCCUAACAACUCCAGGAAGCGAAGCAGGAAUAUUUUUUAUAUUUUUCUUUUUGGGUUGUUAAAAAUCUCUCUCGCCACGCUCUCGUCAGAAAUUCAAUGGCGUUUUAGAUAUGUAUGGGAGCCUCAUUACAACAUCCACGUGGAUUCUUAGCAUGAAAAGAAAAGCGGAACAAAAAAAAAAAAAGCCCUAACAACUCCAGGAAGCGAAGCAGGAAUAUUUUUUAUAUUUUUCUUUUUGGGUUGUUAAAAAUCUCUCUCGCCACGCUCUCGUCAGAAAUUCUAUUCUAGCUUGUGUGUGAACUCGUUAGAAAGAGCAACAGGGAUGAUAAAUCACUUGUCCUAACGCAUAACUCCACACAGUUGACUCGCUUUUCUUACAGCGCCGAGUCGUGCCGUCUGAAGGAUCAGGCGUGAUUGCCUCCCUCUUGGCAACCGUUGGCAGCUAAUAAAGAAUGGGGGAAUCAUUUUUACGACCCACAUUUUCCUCACAGAAACUAUCUGGUUUUGAAAUGUUCAAAUCCCUCAGACGGAAAAAAAGAAAAAGAAAAGAAAAGAAACAAACCAAAAGAUGGGGUCGGCAGGGGCGCUCCCAACCGUCAUAACCCAGGCUAGGUGAUGAUUGUAAUCAUUCUGUAAGUUGGUCCAGUCUUGCAAACAAGUAUGAAUGUCUGCAAGCUUCUCUUGGACUGCCUUGCAGAACAUGAUAUUAAGACGACGUGAGGUUGAUCGCAACAGCGGCAGUUGUGAAGAUCAAGACAAGAGUCAUACAUGAAUUGUGAACAUCAUAAGUCAUACAUGAAUUGGGAACAUAAGUCAUGCACGAAUUGUGAACAUCAUAAGUCAUCCAUGAACGUCUAAAGCUGGCCCAUGUCAGAAGCACGAUACUCCACUCACGCACCCCUCCUCCUACCAAUGUAUUCAAAUCUACGUCAUGAAGCUGCUUUGAUAUUGCUCCGUGGAUCCAACCUUAGCCUCCGUAGCAUUGUGACGUUAACAUACAUCCUGUCAUACAUUUUGAGAGAAAUCUCACAUAUAGAAAUUAUUUUCAUCCCAUAUUUACACCAAAAAAUAAAAAAAAAAAUGUCUUAUUUUUGAAAUUCUAAUUUUGCGGUUUUGUCUUGAAAAAAAACCCACAAAAAAAAACAAUUUGUGUAUGCACCGUCAUGCACUCCCACACUGCUCGCGCUCUGACGCAUGCAGCGAUCCCACGACGACGUGCCUCAUUCUGGACAUCUCAAGUAUGGCCGACAGUAAAUGGGAAAUACUGCCAUCAGUCUUUCAGAUGAUUGGUGGCCUCGGGGAGACUCGAGUUUAUGCGUUCGGGAGGGGAAGAUCACGGUGAAGCCCCGGAGUGGGUUGGGGGAGGAUAUUGAAAAUAUUGGUCCCCCCAAUAAAAGCUAUUAUUAGAUUAUUGGCAAACAAAUACCUCAUGAUAUAGAAAGAGACAAAGAAAUCACCAGCCGAUUUGGGGGGGGGGGGGUUAUGGCAUAAAAGAUUAAUAGAGCAGGGUAUGACGGGGUGAGGCGGUGAAUGAAUUUAUUGGGAUAGAUUAAAAGGAAAGCGGGGGGAGGGUUGGGGUGGAGGGAAAAGAAAUCACCAGCCGAUUUGGGAGGGGGGGGGUGUUAUGGCAUAAAAGAUUAAUAGAGCAGGGUAUGACGGGGUGAGUCGGUGAAUGAAUUUAUUGGGAUAGAUUAAAAGGAAAGCCGGUGGAGGGUUGGGGUGGAGGGUGCGAUGGACGUACGUUAUCUGAGUUAAGCAGGGUCCCCACUUAUUUCAUCCCUGGAUCACCUCCAAUAAUAAAGAAAAAAAUUAUUUAAAAAAACAACAACCUAGCAAUCACGAGAGGCAGAAGGCAUCUUUAUUGUUUUUCUUUUUCUACUCCCCCCCCCAUACACACACACACACACACACACAUUCCCGGACCUCAACGCCGGCACAAUUUACCCAUGUCUGUAAAUGAGAAGCACAGACAUCAUUUUAAGAAGAUAAGAAAAAAGCUUAAGACCUGAAUAAUUUCACAACUAUUCCUCCCCUUCGUUUAUUUCUUGAAACCCUUUUCAAUCUGUUUCCACGCGAAUCCCACCAUCGGCUUAUUUGUUAUUUUUUUUACUUUUGUAAACAAAAAAUAUCUCAUUCUCCGUUUCUGAAAAUAGCCGACAGCCUAAAAGCUAAUCUACAAGUUUCGCCUUACGGCUCUGAAAAUAGUGUGUGUAGGGGAAAAGGGGGGGGGGGGGCGGGCGGAAAGAUGCUCUACCGUACUUUCCAGAAAUAUAUUUUGUAACACCCAUCGCCUUCUCCGUUUGUUAUUUCACUUGAACCCCUCAUGUGCGUAUCGGCUCCCCAACAGAAAUGAUAUUUUCAUACGACUUUUAACGCCUUACCUCCCGAAAUAGCUCACCUGCUAGAAUCGGCGUCAAAUCUCGUUAGAUAAGUACGGGAACUUGUCUGCGCUACGAGAUGGUGCAAUUAGUUACGCUGGAGCAGACACGGGUUUGUUUGAAGUCAAUAGGGCGUGCUUUUCAGCACCGUGGAGAACUGAAGUUGAACAGACAUGUCAUGGUGCGUACAUGCCUGGUGCGUACAUCUAAAAACCCUGUAGUAGAACGAACACUUUGAGAGCGUGGCGUGGAACUAAAUUUGAAAUGACUUGAUAUUAGCCUUUAAAGGGUUGUUGUCUUUAUCAAAAUAAAAAAUCUGCCGCAAUUAAUUUUAUUGACACUCAACUUUUUUUGGUUAAGUUUAUGCAUAAUUUCUAGUACGGUAUUUUUUAUCAUACACCGUAAUAGAAUGCCGCCCCCCCCCCUUUUUUUUUCUCCCGAGAGUGCUGCUGGGAUACAUGCAGUUCAGUUCGCAUGUAAGUCUUAAGCAGUCUUAUUUUUGUGAAAUUUAUUGAAAUUUCUUGGAGAGAAGAUUGUGGUCGCGAUAUUACGUAAGGAGGCAGAUUUAUCCGUACCCUAAUUUAUGUUACCGAUGUGGCCAGCGCGCCUAAAUUUUAGCCUUUCUUUUUAACGCCAAAAAUAUAGUUACUGCUUUGGUGUGCCAGUCAGCACCAGAGUUUUGUCUCAGUUUAUUUUUGUGUAGAACCCAAAGGAGUUAGCGGAUGUAUCAGCAGAGCAAUAGUGGGACGGUGUUAGUAAGUGAUUUUGCGAGUCUUCAUAAAGACCCUAUCACAUCAUCGAUCGAUCGAUUAUCGAUUGAUUUGAACUUUCCUUUAAAAAAAAAAAAGGUAACGGUGCCACCAUCUGCUCGUCAGUCCCUGGUGGUGUAAGAACCCACGUUUGCAUGUCGGCUGUACCCUUCUUUAAGCAUAGGGCACCUGACGUGGAGAAGUAUGCCUGUCCUGACAAUACCGUGUGUGUUUCUCCGUCCUGAUGGAUGCGGCCAGUGGACGGCCUGGGCUACGUUGUCCGUGGCCCGUGUGCUCCGGUCCUAAAUGGAUGCACUUGUUUGGCUUCCGCGUGCGUGCUGAGACGGAGUUCCAGGCCAACUAAAUAAAGGCUGGUAGUUUAUGUUGGCUUAUUCAGACCCGAGUCUUCUUUCAGUCGAUACCGUCGGUUCGUGUUUUAGAAAGGCGCCCGCUUAGGAUCGCCGCCAUUCAACGGUAUGAUCGAUUCCGUUUGAAAUUGGUGGUCGUUGCCAUCUCAGAUCGUGUUCGUUGACAAAUAUCAAUUUAGGAUUGAUGCCAUUUAAUACGCGGCCGAUACCAUGUCAAUUCAUGAUCGGUACGAUUUCAAACAAUUAAUGGUUAGAUACCAUUUAAAUCAACGAUCGAUACGUUCAAUUAAUGGUCCUUGUUUGGUAUUUCAAUCGAGAUCGAUACCAUUCAUUUCAUAGCCGUUACAAGUGAUGGGCGUUGCCGUUCAUAAAUUAGAUUAUGAGUCAAAUUUAUCCCUAUUGUCAACGAAACUAGAAUUGUUUCCCCAAACUAUAUUGGGGUAACUAUCAUCCCGCCCCCUCUAUCCUUCCCAUUUGAGAAUUUGUAUCGCUUUUCUUUGAAAUACACCAGAGUUCACCAGAGGGAAAGCAUGAAGCAUAAAAACCUGCUUCUUUUUUUCCCCACCCUCUUUAACCUUUUUCCCCACCAUCUUUAACCUUUUUCCCCAUCUUUAACCUUUUUCCCCACCAUCUUUAACCCUGUGCAUAAAAUGAUAGUCCAAGGUGUGGCUAUUUUAAGAAUGUUUGGUGCAUUGUUUCUUUAUAACUGAAGGAUCCUUCUUUUUAAAUUUGGGUAAAAAAAAAAUAAUAAAUAAACAAAAAAAUGCUCACUGUUUUUAGAAACUGUAAAGUUAACUGUAACCAUUUAGCUAUUGUUGGAAUCGACCACAUCCUGUCUGGCUCAUUAAAGCUGAAAAUGGAACACCCCUGGGUUAGGGGUAGGGGAGCCGUAAAGGGGGUUUAUGGGGGUUAGGGCAAGAUAAUAACAGGUAGAUACGAUGAAAUUAUCUAGGGGGGGGGGGGUCAAAUAAUAACGGGGUCAGUUUAAAAUCGAUCUAUAUAAUAUGACCAGUUUCGAUCUCGUGGACUGCCCAUAACUAUAUUAUACUUCCCAGACAUGAUAGUUUAUCAUAUAGCGUACUAUCUUGACACUAUUCCAGUGUCCAGACUUUUUAGUCUUAAACUACAAUCCAUCCAUCCAUCUCUGUGGCGCUACAGCCUAUGUAGGGCUUUUGGCCUGUCUCACCACUUCCUUCCACUCACACCUAACUGAUGCUUUUCUUUUCCAUGCCUGAAUUCCCAGCCGUUGUAGAUCCUCUCCCACAUCAUCCUUCCAUCGGAGCCUAGGUCUGCCUUGAGGCCGUUUUCCUCUGGGUUUUUGGUGAUGUGCCCUCUUCACUCCUCAGUAAUUUAAACUACAAAUGUAAUGAAAUUACAAGUCGAUUUGUACCAUCGUAAAAUUACGAUUAGUGCGAUCAUAACCUUGAGUUUGGAAGCUAUGAAAACAUUUAGAAACAUGUCUUUCAGUGACGUGAAUGCCUUCAGAUCGGAUUCUUUAUAAUGUAAAUCCUCGUGAUUUUGCUUUCUGAUCUAUUUUUGGUAGGCGGUUUGAAAAUAGUGUGUGUGUGGUGGGGGGGGGUGUUAGAUAUAAUAUGUAACUUUUAAUGUAUGUUAAUGAUAUAAUUUUAAAUUUAGGUUGGUGAUAUAAAUUUUGAUGCGUGUAUGGCCAUUUAAAAAAAAAAUGGCGGGGAGUUGGGGGAGGGGGGCGAGAGAGAGAGAGAGAGAGGGUGAAAGCCAACUUUGAAGCAUCACCCCCCCCCCUUUUUUUUUUCCAAAUCUCUUAUUUUUACAUUUAAAAGAUCUGAGCUUUUAAAACUUUAAGUACUGCGUUCAAACNUUUUUUUUUUCCAAAUCUCUUAUGUUUACAUUUAAAAGAUCUGAGCUUUUAAAACUUUAAGUACUGCGUUCAAACACUGCCCACCCCUCUCCCCAUAGGCCAUAUCUUGGCACGUGGGACUUUUUAAAAAAGAUAACUAUUUGCAAAACUAUACGGGAAAAUAGAUUGGACGAACAGGAGCCCGGGGUGGGGGGGGGGGGACUGAAGAGUCAUGUUGUACAAAUAUCUGAUCCACUUGUAAAAGAUGUACCGUGAUUACACAUCUUAAGAUUUCCCUCUUCCCCCCCCCCCCCCAAACGGUGGGACAAAUAUAAGUGGAUGGUGCACCUGUUAUCCCCGUGUCGUAAUCAUGCCAACGAUAGCACCCGUCUCCCUUCAUCAGGUAAAGACUUCCUCUUGAUUCCACGCUGCAAUAAAGAUUUGGCCCCGGCCACAUACAUACAUAUAUAUAUAUAGCAAAGUGGGUUUAUUGGUCAGCAAGCCCAAGGCAAACUUUCCCGAGUAAAGUCGUUUUUGUAGUGGUGGAUGUAUCUAUAGUGUGAACUAUAUCCUCUUGCUGCGGAGUUAGUUACCAACGAUCGCACCGCACCCACCCACUGAGAGAUGAUGGUCGCGUGCGGUUCACACGGUUUAGUUUGAAUUACUGAAUUGCUAAUGAGGCAUAUGGUCGGUAUUGGCCAUAUUUCACUUCUAGAUUGGCCAAAUUCAGCGAGCCCGUGGAAAUAGCCCCAGAGACCAUGAGAAUAGCUCACCGUGAGUAUAGCCCACCGUAUAAAGGACAAGGACGGAUCAUCCAAACAUCUCCACUCCUUUCACAGACUUCAGCAUGUGAAGCUCAUUAUCUCCCCUCUCUCACCCCUUCCCUCUUCACGCAAGGAAACUAACUCACCAAGAUUCUCCUUGUUGCCUGCUGUUAAUUAUCACCACUUUAUGUCGCCACGACCAAAAUGCCCAUUUUUGAAAAUUAUAAGCGAUGCGGUCAUUUAUUUGACCGAACCCAUGCAGCAAUCGCUCUUACCGACUCGAGAGUAAACUGUCUUUUUCUUUUUUUUUCUUCCUGAAAUUUAAGCCUGUAUAUAUAAUAUAUAAGAGUAAAGGUAUCUAUUCAUUGUGGGUGCCAGCAAUGCUAUAUUUUGACAAGGGUUGCCUUCCAGUGGCUUAAAACAAACUUUGCCUUCUGUUCUAUCGUCUUAUGUUCCCACCUCAACCACCCCCCCCCACUUCUGCCACAGCCAUUCCCUAGCCACGCAUACAUCACACCAACAUGUCACACAAGCAAGCAUUUAGGUUCGGUUCAUACUCAACUGGUUCAUACUCAACUCGGCUCAGUUUUUUUUUAUUUUUACUUGGCACCAAAUCUGUGUAGCAGCAAUGGUUUGUGACUGGAGGUGAAAAAAAAAAGAAGGGGGGGGGUGGGUGGAUAGAAGGGGUGGCUUUAGAAAAUAUGGGGUAGAAAGUCAGGAAAUGACCAACUAUAUGAAACUAUACUGUAAACUAAUUGGUUUGCUGUACAGAAGAAACAAUUUUGGUGCUCCAAUGACUCAUAUUGAAUAUAUCUCCUUNCCUUUUUUUUUUUUCUUCCCUUUCCCAAAGUCAUAUCUUGGUGGUCAUGGCCUCUCACCCUAAUCUGAGCCAGCACUCUUCCACUUCUUGGUUCUGAAAGCAAUGCCUCUAGACACGGGGUCUAACACAGGGGGGCACUAAUCUGGUUUUAUCAGAGCUGACAUGUUGUCAGAAGAACUGUAUCACCAGUAAUCAGCAGGGAUUGUCCUCCUUGUGGCGCUGAAGGAUAGAACAGGAGAAGCAGAGAUGGCCAAGCGUCUAGAUGUGUUUGUUGCACAGUAACCAAAUAUGUUGUCAAAUUAAAUACUUCCAUUAUGGUUAUCCACAGACUUUAACAAAAUAUCUAUUUUUUUCACCUUAAUUUUAUUUUUUAAUUAGCAUAUCCCUUGACCCAUUUUACCAUUUUUAAAAUUAUCUUUUAAAAAAUGUGUAUGUGGGGAAAGUUUGGGGGCAAAAAGGGGGGGGGGAGGGUUUGUAAGUAUUUGAAGAUAUCUUAUGGGCUCCUGAAUAAUUUUAUUUUUACUUGUUUCGCUACUCUGGAUUAAAAUUUUGAUUGUACUUGAGAUAAUUGACACAAACCUUGCAGGUUUAUUCUGAGUACAAUGGCUCUCUUUAAUUCUUAUAUUGCUGGCUUUUCAGAUAAAGAGUGUAAUUUGUUGUUGAUUUCUUACCUCUGUUACUUUUUGAGAUUCAUUUUAACCAAUGCAUUGUAAUGAGAUCAGAGAAACUCUUAUUUGGUUAGGAAAUGCAGGGAAAGGGUUGAGUUGUGAAUACCGGUAAUGCAUAACCAGUAAUGAAUAACUAUAACUAGUAAUGAUGAACUAGUAAUGAAUUACUAGUGAUCUAGUAAUGAAUUACUAGUGAUGAAUAACUAUUAAUGAAUAACUUGCUUGGGACUCAUAGUCCCUGCACAAUCACUAAGUUAAGAUCAAAUGAGCAUAGAUCAGCCUAUCAUACAUUUGGGCAACAUGAAUAUUGGUGCUUAAUAUCAUUUAUGCCCAUAUCUUUUAAGACCAAUUUUUUUUUCCAGUGGUAAAUUGUCUGGGUACAAUGGAUGGGGAGAAAAAAAUGUCCACAACUUGUAUGCUGUGAAGGCACUGGGUUGAGAAAGAUUUUUUUAUGAAAUGGGCUCAGCCAAUGGGAUUGAGAUGGUGGUUGGCGAAGAAUUUUUUGUUUUAACUGGCACUUUUCUUUCAGCCUGAUGGAGAAGAUGAUUUGAAGAAGAGGCAAUUGAUGGAGCUUGCAAUCAUGAAUGGCACCUACCGAGAUGCUAAACUCUUUCACCCUGCUCAAUUUGCACGUAAGUCACAAAGGGCCAGGUUUUUUAGCCACCCCUUCCGUCUGCCUUUGCAGGCAGCGAGGUCACACUUUUAUUAACCCCAUCUGGACUUAUUCACUAACCCGCCAUCAUUCACUUGUUCUUUCUUUUAGCCGGACGGAGAGGAUGAUCUCAAGAAACGCCAACUCAUGGAGUUAGCUAUAAUUAACGGGACAUAUCGAGACACGACCAAGCCAUCUCCGGCACCCACCCAGAAUUCAGUGCCUGGUCGUAAGUGUGCUCGGAGUUUGCCCUCACCCAAAAAAAAAAAAAACUUCGUCAAACAAAAAUUACUCGGCCCACUGACUAUUUUAAUCUUUCGUACUGGUUACCUGUUGUCCCUUAGCUGUGUGCGGUGCCUGGCUUGUUAUAUUGACCAUGAGUUAUGGUUCCUUUUUCUCCUUAUUUGCUGCAGUCUAUUCCUAUCUUUAGUUCACCUUUCUCCAAACAUUUGGGUUGCAAUUGGUCUAUUUAUAUUUAUAUAAAUAUGUCAUUUCUUGUCUGCAGGGUUGGUAGCACUGAGAUAUUAGGCUAGGUGAAAUCUCUGUCCAAGUCUUUACAUGUCCCAUAUUUUAAGCAACCAUAACGUUAUCUAAAAGGAUUUGAAAAUGACUUUUUGCAGUCUCCAAUAUUUUCCUAAUUUGAAGGAUAACCCACAACCAUUAAUAACAAAGCAUACUAUUAUAAUAUAUUUUUUCCACUUAAAAAAUUUCAGUGCUUCCAAUUACUGCAUAUGUUAUUCAAAUUUUUGUAGUUAGUGACAAUCUUAUAUUACAACUAGAUUUUUAGAUAUUAUUACCUAAUGCAUGUGGAAUAAUAAUUCCCCCCCCCCCCCCCCCUUAAAAACAGGUGUGUUGGAUUAAGCUGUAUACAUGUUUAUUAUUUACAGCAGGGCUUAGUAAAUGAUUUUAAAACAAAGUAGCUUGAUUGUAAACAAUAAAAAUGUAAGAAGUUUUUAUUUGUGUACAUUAAAGAAAGAUGGGUUGAUAGGGUAAAAAAACAUGAUCAUCAACUAUGCACCAGUUAAAUUUUAUGAAAUCUAUUGAACUUUUGGUGUUUGGAUAACAAUAGUUUUAAAAAAGGCAAACAUUUUCUUUACUAAGCCUUUUGAAAAAUCUUUUCAGACAAAAGAGCAGUCCUACAUAAUCAUUGUUUAUUCUGCUUCUGGAUGGGUUCCCUAGCUUUCCAGAGUCUGGCCAUUUUGUGUCUUCAAUCAGAUUUUUUCUCUUUAUUAUGUCAUUAGCAUUUUUGUGUGUGUUUUUAUUGCAUUUCUUUUAAUAUAUAACUACUAUCAUAAAAUGCAGUAUAUUUGGGGCACUAACUUUUGACACAUCAGUAAAAGUGUUUUUAAAAAAAUGUGAAGAUGAUCCAAAUUUAUUAAUUUGAGAAAUUUCAGAUUUCAAUUUUUCAAACAGUUGAGUAAAGAUUUACAGCUCUUUUUUUUUUUUUUUUUUUUUUUUUUUUUUUUUUUUUUUUUUUUUUUUUUUUUUUUUUUUUUUUUUUAAAAAAUUUAAUAAAAAUUUAAAGUUUUUUUUUUUUUUUUUUUUUUUUUAAAAAAAAAACAAAAUUUUAAAUAGCCAAUGGCCAUAAUUCAUUUUUUAAUUUUCCCCUUCAGUACAGCAGUUUGCCAACCAAGAUAUUAAAUUAGGCUAGAGACAGGCCUCUCAGUGCAUGCUGGGCUUUUAUGUAUUUAUUGCAUGUUUUUAAUGAACUUGACAUAGUGUAGCAAUAUGUAGACACUUUUCUUCUGUUUCCCAAUUUCUGAUGCAAUGAGCCAUAGUGCUCAUUAACUCUUUAAAAAAAACUUUAGCUAUGUUGUUAAAACAAAAGGAAAUGGCUCUAGUAAAUACUUGUUAAAAGAUUGUCAGAUUUAAGGCACAAUUUGGUGAGGACAAAAUGAAACAAAUAAUUUCUUUUAAAUUAUAUUAAAAAUAAAGUAUCUAAUCAGUGAGUUUCAUCAAUUUUUUAAUUAAAUUUUUUUAAAUAGAAUAAUGUGGCACCCGAACUUGGAAAAACUCAUUUGAAUUCAAUUGUUAAAACUUAUUUAUUUAAAAAUGUGUACAGGCUUUUCAAGAAAACUUGAAAAUUUUAACUACCAGGAAACUUAACACAAAUCUUGACUCAUGUACUAACUACAAAUCAAAUUUAUAAAUGAAAUAUUUUGAAUUGUUUAUACUUUCAGACUUCGUCCACCAUAAUGACCGCACAUGGAGCAACCCGUUUGGUCAGUGAAAUGGAAAAUUUUUAUUUGAGCUCAAUUGAUCCAAAUAGAUCAUUAAGUGAUUCUUGAUUCUUUUAUUGAUGAGCCAGAAUCACCAAGCUUUAUUUUGGAUCACUUGGACUCUUGUUAAUUGUUCUAACCCUGUAUGACAGUGAAGGCGGAAUUAAUCUGUUUUGUCAUUUUUGUUAUUGCCCAUGCUCAUUAUGGUGGACUAAGCAUUGAUUUUGUCAUACUUAUUAGUUCUACUGACUUUUCUGUUUUAUUUAUCUUAGGUAUUUUAUUAAAUGCAAUCCAUUUUUGUUAUACACCACUAUUUAUUAACAUGUUUUUAGUUGGGUUUUUUUUUACCUACAUGCAACAAAACAUACAUCAGUAAUAUUAAUUUGCAUUUUAUCAUUAAUCCAGCUAAGUUUUAUUUAAACAUUACAAAAUUUUUGCACUUGUUUUACUUACAAUGGUUCCUGCUCAAGAAAUUAUGAAAUGUAAUGAGUCGUUUGUUUAAAAAAAAGAUAUUCCAAAACUUGUAUGUUGCAAAACAUAUUCUCAUGAAAUUAAAGCGCUGAUUGCAUUCAUUGAUAUUCACUUUUCAUAAUGCAGUAUGAGGCAUAAAAAUAAUAUUUUAUGAAACAAGGAGGAUUCUCCAAGCUAAUUUUAAGAAACACGCUUACGAACAUUUAAUUUUUUAUUUUAAAAUAUGUGCACAGUUGUGAAACCACAAUCCAUGUUUCCUUCCCCCCCCCCUAGAGGAAAGAGAAUUGAAUACAAUUCUUCUCGUAAAAAAAUGUAGCUACAUAUUAGGUUUUGUGGAUCAUAAUUUUUUGAGCAGAAACCACUUUGUUAGACUCAAUAGCUCCACUGUAUUUAAAUUUGUCCCGUUUCUCCCUAACCAAAGUGUGCUUUGCUCUUACCCCCACAGAAGCCCACCUCCAGCUGGGCGGGAUGCCCAUGUUCCUUCCCCCUGGCCACCCGGGGCAACCGGGAGUUCGUGCCCCUGGUCAGAUGCCACACUUGGUCCCCGUUAGCGGGGCAAACUCCCUCUCUGAUGGUUUGUCCAUGUUGAAUUCAUUUUCUUUUGGCCAUACGGGUACAGCGAUAUUUACCUAGCUUAUAUUUCCAACUAAACAAACUCACACCUUCAUCUAACCGACUGCUAACUCUUAGGAAGAUUCACAGGAGAUCUUAGUCUUUAAAGAGAAAGAUUUAGAAAAUUAAAUUAUAUCCUUACUUGUGGGUAAGAAUAAAAUCAUGUGAAAAUUGAACAUCUAAAUUUAUUUGUAAUGAAGGUUAUAUGAAACGUAUGCGUAUUAAAUGCAAACGAGCCUUAAAAUAUCAACAAAAAAAAAAAAGAAUUAAGAAUUAGAUAGCACAUGUUUAAGCAGUUAUUAUGAAAUGCACCAGUUAUUCUGUUUAAAAAAAAAAAAAAACUUGAAAAAAAAUUGAACAUCUAAAUUUAUUUGUAAUGAAGGUUAUAUGAAACGUAUGCGUAUUAAAAGAAAACGAGCCUUAAAAUAUCAACAAAAAAAAAAAAAGAAUUAAGAAUUAGAUAGCACAUGUUUAAGCAGUUAUUAUGAAAUGCACCAGUUAUUCUGUUUAAAAAAAAAAAAAAACUUGAAAUGUAAUUUUAUGUGGAAUUAAUUUGGGAAUCGUGCUUAGAACUGCUUUCAUUUACUAAUUUUAAAUAAUUAGACUAAUACUCAUAGAUAGCAUCAUUCAUUUCUAACAAGAGGAUAUGGUGUUAUUCCUUGCUAAUAUUUUGUGUCAUUUCAGUGUGGCUAACAUGACAAAUAGAAAAUCACAACUGUGUAGGAAUGGCCACGCAGGCAAAACUAUAGCAAAAGUAGUGAUUUUUCAAUCUUGCAAAUUUGAUCAGGAGAUAUAAAUAAUAAAAAAAGUGCGCAUGAAAAAAGAAACCUUGGCAUGUGAUUUCAGAGAUGAAAGGAAAUGCUAAGAUUAUUUAUUAUAUAAUUUUCUGAUAUUUUUUUUAUAGUGUUGCUGUAAAAGAAACGAAACAAAAAUAAACCCCACUAACAAUAAGGAUACCUUAAAUUAGAUGUCUGGUUAAAUAUUAACAAUUCCCUUUUACCCUUUAUUAACCUGAAUUAACAUUAACCUGACAUUGUGCAUAUUUAUUAAUUUAAUAGGAUUUGUUGUUUAAUUUGGAUUAAUUAUUUUUCAUCAAAGUGAAAAAGAAUUGAAAUUUGUCUGGAUACAUAUGGCCUACAUUAUGUUUUUCAUCAUUUUAUAAAAUUGUUUGCUUACGAAAAGAAAGAAAAAUUGAAUUCAUGAAAAAGAAAAAGAAAAAAAGGCCCAUUAUGGAAACCAAAAAGGAGUACAUUUAUCACAAUUUGAAAGUCUUAAAAACAAGUAAUCAUUGUGGGUCAUAAAUGCAUUAAGAAGCUAUAAUGAAUGAAGUUUCAAUGGGUCAAAUAUCUCCAUUUGUAGUGACCAAGCACAGCUGUACAGCUCAGAGAUAGCUUUGCUGCUAAUAGACUAAGGAAUUAUUUUAAAUGAGGGACUUCAAUUUCACUUUUUUUUUUAAAUGUGUGGUUUCUCAGCAUAAUAUAUAACAAGUGGCUGGCUUCACAAUUUGUUUAGCUUCUUUUUUCACUUUUUUUUUAGCAUGAGAAUCUUUCCUGCAGAAUUUUUACCCCCCCUCUUUCAGUGUUUUAUGUCCUCAGAUGGCCUAGAAGGGAGCCUCAUACUCUUAUAUAUGUACUUAUUAGUAUUACUCGUGCAUUUGAUUGAAUGCAAGUUUUUUUUCUUUUGGGGUUGUUGAUAUAGUCCUUUGUUCAAUUUUAAAAGUUUGCACUUGGUGCUAAUGGUUUCCUGUUUAUUUUUCAGAACAUGCAAGAUUCCUUCAGCCUCUUGCGAUUCAAAUGCGCACCCCAACCCCGUCAGGGGCACCAAUUAUUCUUGCCCCUCGUCUUCCACCACCGCAAGUUGUCGCAACGAAUCAAGGCAGCAUGAACGGAGCUCCGCCCCCAUUGGUGUCGCCCCCGGGGGAACACACAGGACUCCUUUACAACCCUUACACAAUGAGCGUCACGUCCAGCAUGCAUUCGUCCAUGGACCCUUACGGACUCGGUGGGGGAACACCAUCUAUCUUUGAAUAUCAGACACACUUGGAGCAGGCACAAGCGGGUAUGUUAGUUAGAAGAGACUAUAUCACCGGGAUGUGACCCCCUGGCUGACACUUCAUAAAAUGUGUGUCCUUGUAUUUCAACCAAGUUAUUUGAUGUUUAGAGUGACUUUUUUUGCUUUUCUUUUCUUUUUUUUUUCUUUGUUUUUUUUCCUAAAUAUUUUUAUAUUUUGUGAUUAUAAAGAGCAGUAUUCUAUUGGCCAUCUUGAUAUACAUGUGAUUUUUUUUGUUUUCUCACUUGAGAGUAUUGAGUUCAGAUCCUUAAAAUUGAUAAUUUAACUGAAGUUUGUUUUAAAACUCAAGAUUUUUUUUUUUUUAAAUAAAUUUCCUUGAAAUAAUUUUCUUUCAUAUGAGUUUACAUUAAUUAAACAUACACUAUUAGUAGUGUUGUCCAAACAGGAAGCCAUAUAAAACUUAUUCAAACAUGCUGUAAUUUUGAUGUUGCUCUUGAAGCCAGUGUUUCUCAAAGUGGUGGUCCAUGGAAUGACACCAGUCUGCAAGCUCCUAGUACCCCAUUCUGUAAUUUUUGGGAAAAUUUGGAAUAUGCAAUGGCAAUUAUCUAUAAUAUGUUGCUGUGUGCUCUUCUUCGCACUGAAAAGUUUGAGAAGCCCUGCUUUACACAAUGUUUAAGAUAUGAAAUAACUUUCGCUAUGUGGUACAUAAAAAUUUAAGUUGGUCAUGAUCAAUUCAGAUUUUUCUCUCCUUCAGUUUUUUGCCCAAACACUUGAGGUGUUUGUUAAAAAUUCUCUGUUGAAGUUGCCGUUCUUAUGAUUUUUUCAAUGCUCAAAUGUUAUACAUGCUAGUUAUUUUAGUGCGGUUUAUCAAAACAAAUAUUUUGCUUGAAAGUUAAUGCAUGAUUCUUGAGUUCAAAAGAAGACUUAAGUUAUUUUGACCUCCAACUCAUUAGUUUUGAUACAGAUUUCAGACUUAAAAUCCUUCAAAAUGAGUGCCAUUUUAAUUCUUAUAAAUUUUCAUGGAAAGCGCCCAACCAUCCAUUCUGUAUUUUACACUCAACAUUCCCAUCAAUUUCAUUGCUCUUUAAUUUGGGGUAGUUUUAACAGAAAAGCUUUGUCAGGCGGCAUAUUGCAGAUUUUUCUGUGUUUAGAUCAAGAAGUUAGUUUGUGGCACAUGUUCAGAUGUAGUUUCAUGGUUUCAGUUUAUUUAGUUGCUUUGUUCAUGAUUUGUUUGCAUUCAUUUAGAAAUCCAAACAUUCCCAAAGAGUUUUUAUUUUGAAAGAGAAUUUUCUCAUGGUUUUCACUGACUCUACUGUCAUUCUACUGUCUAGUUGAUCUCAGUAGUAUUACUAUUUUUAAAAUGUUCCCCCCUUAACAACCUUAACCCACAUUAACUGCCUGUACGUUAUUCUGUCAUAUGGUCUCUAAUUAUGGGUUUUUUGUCAUUGGUCUUCAGAAUUAAAUAAAGGUGAAAAAAAAAGUUUGUAGUAAAUGAUUCAGACAUUUAAGAAGUAUUUUUUUAUGAUUAUCCUUCCCACGCAAAUUUUAUAUUUUGUACAAAAGAAUAGACCUCUGUGAUGUAGCCUUAUAUUGAUGUUCCCAGACUUGCACCCACAAGUGAGCUUGAAUGUAUUGAAUUGAUAAACCUACAAUUUUUUUUAAUUGAAAAUGACAAAAAGCCUUGAACUUUCUGAUAUCUAACACUUAUUGGGUAGUAUGGGUGUAUGAGGGAAAAGCUGGAAAUUUUUUAAACUGCGGAAUAUUUCUUAGAAUUUUUUGCGUAAAAUAAUGGAAUUUGCAUGUCCAUUUUUAUACCCAAAUAAAUAUAUAUGCAUAAUUUGUUUAAAUAAAAAUGGUUGCAUUAACAGAUCUGCACGUUAUCUUUUUAAUGUGACCAUUAUAUUUGCACAAAUUAGUAUUUCUGGGAAUUAUACCUAUUCUGAAUGUAAUAUUUGCUCAAUAGUGAAUAGUAAAUUUGUACACCUAGAACUGCUCAAUCAAUGGAAUUAUACUCAGAUAAAUAUCCCACCAAAUAUAUGCACACGUGUGUUAAAAAAUGUCAUUGAAUUAUUCUUGUUGAAAUUUCAAACUUUAUGUUUUCGUAUAUUUAUACAAAAUACAAAUAAUAUUGCAUUUAAACAGUAUUCAGUCAUGCAGACAAUAAUGGCUAUAUUUUUAUAAAAUAUAAAUAUAUACACACAUGUGUAGAUAUGUAUAUAUAUAUAUAUAUAUGUAGUGUUGAAUAAUUAUAAAUUGUUUUGAUGAUUAGCCUAACCAUUAGUUUUCCAUUAAAUUUUAUAACAAAUUAAUUAGGUUACUAAGUUGUCUUACUAAGUAUUUAAAGCAGUUCAAAGCAAGAUUGUAAAAAAAAUGUUUCCGUAGGUGAUUAAGAAAAUCUUUCUCAACAGUGCCUUUUGAUUACAAAAAGUUUUUUUUUCAAAACUCAUCAGUGAUCAAAUGACUUACACAUAAGUACAUAUUUAAUUGCAUACAUACACCCCCAUCGCGGGUUAAAAACAAACACUACAAAAAUAAUUUCCCCAAAGGUUUGUAAAUUAAAUGUACAAACAUUUUUUGCAUGCUUUAACUGUAAAUAAAAUGAUUCUAUUUAUUUAGCAUCAAGUUGCACAAUAGACUUGGAGUUGCCUAAAAUGCAUGCAGAGUAGAUUUGUAUAAUGUAAUGCAUGUUACCGAUAGCAGAACAGAGUAGUUCAUUAUGCUUGUGUGUGUGUGUGUGUGACGUGUGACAACCAUAUGUUAUGUCGAUAGAAGUGGGUGACUUCGAUUCAUCAUUAUUUUAAAUUUAAAUGUAUGUAUCGAUUUUUAAAGGGGUAAUUAAUGAAUUCCCAUUGCAAAAGCAUAAAAAGAUCAACAGUAUUUGACUUUAAGGUAGUAAGUAGUUCAUAAUAUACCCUAGAAAACAAAAAAUACAUUUAGAGAAAAAAAAUUUAACUUAAAAAAUAUGAGUAUAUACUGUAUCUUUUAAUCAACUCAUUGAAUGCCAUUUUUCAUUUGCCUUUGGAAAAGGGGUUUUAAGGAAGAAAGAAUUUACCCGGUAGAUAGUAUUUAGGAUUUAUGCAAUGUUAAAUUGGGCAAUCCAUUAGAUGGUUAUGCAACUUGACAUGCAUGUCAUUACUGAUCAACUUUUGGUACCUAACAAUGUCUUUCUUCUCAUCUUCUCUAUCUUAACACUUAUUUUUCUAAUUAAACUGACCCAUUAUAUUGGAAGUAACGUAUUCUUAACAGAAAAGUAACCAAUUUCUAUUAUUUAUUUCUCAUGUUCACAUUUUAACCCAAUGCUACACUUAACUCUCAACAUAUAUUUUGUUUAAAAAAUUAUUAUAAUAGUAAAUGUAUUUUAAGCAUUUAAUUUUGAAAAACAGGUGUUAAAAUUGUAAAUUUCAUUUAUUCAGUUGAAUACUUAAUUAAACAAAUUAAAAAAAUUUAACAUAACACAAAGGUACAAUGUGAACAUGACAUUGAUGUUUAGAGUUGACCCAAAUGAAUUAACAUUAACAUCUAACACGAAACUAAAACUUUGGCAAAAAGUGCAAAUAGCUCGGCUGUGAUCUGUUCAUUUUAUUAUUCCAACUCUUGUCCAGUAAUUACUUUUACAAUUAUAUGGAAGGAGUGGUCAGUUUUACCAAUACUCAUAUUUAUUCUCCUUUCUUUCUCUGUCCUCUCGUUUAAUGUUACACUUGAAAAUAUAAUAAUAUUUUUUUCAAGUUUGCUAGAUAUCAAGGGUCCACCAAACUUUCUCUCAAACCUAUCAAUUGUUGACUUUAUGCAGGAUUGUUUAGUUUUUUGUUCAAUUUUUUGUUUGGGACCAGGUUGUUCAAGGUGUUGACUAAAGAUUGAGGAGAAAUCCUGUCUUCGUUGUUUGCGUAUCAGAUCCUAAAUGCAUACUGCUCGAGAAUUGUCAGAAGAUUUGAUUUGAUCUAAUUGCAUUAUUUUCUUUCCCAUUGACUUUUGCUCAAAUUCAUAGGAAAUGAAUGUUGUUUUAUACAAACCUGUCAUGGCUGCAACUUCUAAUGUGAUUUUUAAAAACAAUUUAUUGCCACUUAAGAGUCAUUGGUGCUCUAAGAAUAUGUCUGACUGGUUUUAUUUGCUCAAUUUUUGUUCCCUACCUCUGUCAGUGGUUCUCAUAAUAUUGUGUAAUGAAUGAAAUAUUUUAAAAUUCUAAAUUAUUUUGUUUUUUUGUUUUUUGUGGUCUUGAUUCAUUUUGACUAAGUCUGAGAUAUACGACAAAGCUGAUGCCAAUAUGGGCUGUACAGUGACUGAUGAAGCAAAGCUGUGGAAAAUAUAAGCUAUUGUUUUUAAAAGAUAUAUACUCAACAUAUGUGAUGGAUUUUUAUAGGUGGCGUCCAAAAGAUGAGAAGAACAAUAGAAGGUGUGAGGGCUCACCCAUACACUAGAGUUUCAUUGUCAUAAUGUAGCUGAAAGGUUAGUUGAUUUUGUUAACAUAUGCUCAGUCAUCUCAUUCAAUGUCAUCUGCUUUUUUGUUUUUGCAUUCAUGAAACUUUUCUUUCACAGCCUUGUUCCCUUAGUUAGAAAAACCUUUUAUUUUUUGUAUACAAUAUGUAUGUCAAUAGGAUUUUGUUAUUCACCCAAAUCAUGCUGUUUUCAACCACACUCUUUGAUAUUAAAUUAUGUACUUGCAAUAAGAAAUAUUUCCAAUGUUUGGGUCAGAAAAAGAAAUAUUAAAGCAACAAUACAUGUGAAUACUUUGAGCAAAUUUACCUUCAACAGGAGCAUCAUCUUUCCAUAGUUGUAAAAGCUUUUCUGUGCAUGUUGCUCAUGUUAGAAAUUCAAGUCAACUCAUCUUUAAAUGCUCUUAUAGUAAAUAUCUAAGCAGAUUGUGACAGACUAUUGAACGAUACUCCAAAACUAGGAUUCCUAGAUAUUUAAUGAAUUCGUUGUUAUUUGUAAUGGUUGUCAAAUCAAAAUAAACUUGUGCAAUUGUUGUCUAUAUUAUUAUAUAUAUUUUUAGAAAUAAAGCAAUCAUUUAUUUUCCUCAAGUCUUGGUUGGAUAUUUUAUGAUCAGUUGUUUGAAGCGCGGCGCCCCCCCUCUCUUUUCACCCCCAAACAAACUUGAUACUCUUAGCAUACCAUUUGGUGAUGGUAACAUGUUGAUUUAUUCAACAUUUUCAGGACAAAUGGAACAUUUAGAUUUAUAAAGUAACUAUUUGUACCUCAAUUUUCAGUGUUAUAAUAAUUCAUUGUGUAGAAAUUUUACACAUACCUGGUCUGAAUUAUUCAGCAAGUCUUGCAGUAGUUUAACACAAUGUUUUCUUGAUUUCAAAAGUAAACCUUUCAAUAUAUGUACACUUGAGCAAAAUGUAUCUGUACCACAACACUUAAUAAUAAAAAGUAGAAUAAUAAAAGUAAGAAAUUGUUGUGAACAAUAACAUAAAAUCUUUUAAUGUAUGUAAAAAUCAAAUUUUACCUUAACCCUGCCCCUAAUUUAAUUUUAUUUCUAAUACAUAAUUUAAGUGAUAUCUGGAAAUAACACUAAAUGGGAUAUUUUUAUGGUGGUUGUGCUAUGUCUCUAGUUAGGUUCUGAUAAUUACAAAGUUGGAAAUCUAGGCCAAAUUAUUCAAUAGCAUCUUGAGUAUCAACAUUUAAAAAAAAAAUUAUACUCUUACAUUAGCAGAUUAGGGUAGGAAAUGGUAGAAAGCAAAAAUAGAAUGCUUUAUAAAAAAAAAAUGCAUGCAUAUUUUAUUUUUAAAACUUUGUCCCCAAAUCAUUAUUCAGUUCUAUAUUUAUCAAAUUUAACCACCUUUAGCCAAGCCUUUUUAGGUUCAUUUUUUUCUUCCUUCUUCCAUCCCUACUCUGAAAGCAUGAUAUCUUUGCAUGUUUCAUCACAUUGACAUGAUUUUAUUUGCUUACAUGAUUGCCCAUUAUUAUAUACUUUAUCAUCAACAUUGUGGUGCUGAUUUUUUUGGUUGUAAUAUACAAAAACAAUUAAUGCUUUGAGUAUUUUGUUACAUCUUUAGAUGUGAUAAUUAUACAAUGUAAUAAAUUCAGUUUAACCCUAAAGCCUAAUAAUAAAUUAUGCAACCCAUUUAUUCAAUUUACUCUAAACUUGUCAAAUGCUAUUUAAUUGCACUGAUUAUUAAUAAUAUUCUUAAUAAUGAAAUGCUUAUUUAUUUUUUUUUUUUUUUAUUAAACUUCAAAUUGAAUGACCCUUUAAAAACAAAGCUAAAACACACCUUGUAAGGUAAUAAUACUAUUCUAUAGAAAUACUUAAUAGUCACUUGUAUAAUAUCUGUAGCCGAAAUCCACUAACUCCAUUUUUUUUCCAUUUCAUUUUGUUUCAUUAACCAAGCUGGCAACUAACCACCUCGUGCCUUCGUCUCUGUCGGCCGAUCGGUCUGUUUGUGGUGGGGACAAAAUGUUGGCCGGGUCACUCACUUCUGUGCUGCUCUUCUUUCCUGCGGGGGUGUCCUUGUGUUACAAGACAUGCCCUGCCUGCAACCUGUUCUAGCUGCCUUGGACUAACAUGACCAGCGUUGGGAUAGAGGAAGAUCCAAGUGCACAUAUUUAGUUUUUAGUUUUUUUAAUUAUGUCUGUACAGUGAGCGAACAUUUCAACCUGCACCUGCCCACAAUUUGUUCACCUUGUUCUGCAUCCUCAACAAAUUUAUUGACCUUUUAAUAAGUUCUUUUGUAUUAUGGAAUUUUUUUUCAACCCACCUUUUUUUGUACUUUUAUUUGUAUUAUAAUACCAGAUUAACAUGUUGUAUAACCUUAUAAAUUAAAAAAAAAAUGAUUAAAUGCUCAUAACUGCUAAUGCUGGGUUAACAUUGAUUUGGUGUGCUAUGUAAAAUAUAUAAAUAUUUUUUUUUUUCAAAUUGCGAUGUCACUAAAAUUUGGACACACCAUUUCAAUGAGGUUAUUCUGGCUAUGCAGGAUUUUUAAGUGCCUGAAUUUUAUUUCAAACUGCUGCUAACUAUGCUGAGUCUUAGGACACGAGUCUAUUUAAAACUUAAUCCCUUUUUUUUAAAUUUUUUUUUUUAAAUUUUUUUUUAUAAAUACGUUUUUUAAAUAUAAAGUUAAUAAAAAAAAUAACGCCUUGCAAAUUAUAAAUAAAAUGCUGUUUGUAUUUUGAAACCAAUUAUAAAUGGAAUAAAAAAAGUCUUUAAAAAUUUAUUAUUUUUAAAUUAACUAUUAAAUUGCUAAGAUAUAAAAUGAUCCUGUCCUAUGACCCAAGCAUGAUAAUAUUGAUAUUAAACACGAUUGAACUGUUUGUUUGACCACAAGGUGAGCUCUAGAAAGGGGUAUUUUCUUAAUCUCUAAACCUGCAUUGCUAUUGAUAUUAUGGUCAUGUUAAUAUUUUUCUUCAUCAUGUCAUUAAUUUACAUGUUCAAGUGGAAAAAGAGUGAAUGCUUUUCUUACGUUAAGUUUAAAAGCAGCGGAGGAAUAAAAAAUAAAUUUGGUUUUUAACACACACGUAUACACAAAACUAAUCUGUCAACUUGUAACAUAGAAUGUUCUGUAUAUUUAUCAGUAACAAUGUAAUCCUGUAUACAAUGAGAGGUUAGUGACUAAAACACCAUUGUAGUGUUUCUAUUGUAACAUUUGAGAGACCAGUGACAUUAUAGCUAUAAAAUUUGUAUCGUAAUGAUGAAAGGUUAGUGUGCAUGUCUGAGAUGAGAUUCUUUGUACAAAUCAAUUAUUGAUGAUGGGUUGUGUUUUCUUUUAAUUGCCUUGACCGCCCCCC